AUCAUCAUCAUCAUCCCGGUGAUGAAAAGUUCCGGUACUUUCCGGUCCUUCACUUCUUUGAGUCUCUCCUUCAGUCGGGAGGAUCCGUGAUGCGUUCAAAGACUCUGAAGUGAACUUUCUUUUCUUUCUGAUCCGAGGACUAAACUUCUCCACAUGACGCGCUCUGCUCCGAGCUCCGUCCUGCUCUAGAUGGGAUUUCAUGUUUUCAGCGGAUUUCUGUUUUCUUCUGUUUUCAUCGCGGAGAGAAAAAGUUCGACUUGAACGAGAGUGAAAGGAGGAGAAAAGAGGAGGAAAGAGGAGAGGAGAGGUGUCCGGACAGAUCUCAGCCCGGGACGAGAGGAGGGACAGAGGGGUGAGUGUGAGUUUGUGCCAUGUGCUCAGACUCUCAACACAAAAACUCUAACUUUUACUCUGUUUCUCGCGUCUUAAUCCAGAUUUUAACUUCAGUUUUUCUCCUUUUAGUCUUCUCGAAAUGUCUCAAACUUUUCUGAAAUUCUCCUGAACAUCACUGAUGAAACAGAACUGAUCUCAUGUUGUACAGAGAAAAACAAAAACACUUAAAAAUUUAAACUCUUAUUUCAGGUUGUUGGAGGUUCACACUGACUGUGGAAUCUCAGGAAUCUGUAACCGGAUAUUUAAGAUGCUGUGACUGAUUUUUAACGCCUACAGAAAGUUUAUGUUCUGCUUUUAAAUUUCACUUUUAACUAAAAUAUCUAAAAAUAGUCAAUAAAUCCAAAUAAUCCAAUGAUUUAAAAUAUCAAAUUUAAGGUUUGACUAAAAAAAAAGCUCCUCAGUGUUAGUAUUUUUGAGCGGUUUGAACAGAAAGGGCCUCUCAGCUCUUCUCUUUUUAUCAGUCAGGUGUAUUUGUCUGCUCUGGUGGAGUAAACCCAUCUGAAAAUCUCUGCGCUCCUUCUCCUCGGUCGAUUUUUGAACGCUGAAUGGCCGGUUGCGUUCAUUUGCAUCAGAAAAAAAGUUUUAGUGCAUUAGCUAUUGUGCAGGAUGAAGAGUUCCAGCAGUCAGGGAGUGGGAGUGGGGAGGAGGGGAGUGGAGGGAGAGGAGGAGGGUGGAAAGAUGUGAAGAAAUAAUGGGGCCCUUCACAUUAUUCAGGAUGACAUGGGGGCUUCCCAAACCUGUGAUGGGGAUGUCACUUUCAUCCUGCCCCGAGCGCCUUCCCCUCGCUGCUGUCAGUUUCACACGUUUCCACCCCCGCGGCCAGCUUCCCCGUCAGCCCUGAUUGCUGCUCUGAUUCUGUGGAAGCUCUGUGGAGAGUUUAAUGACUGCAAAACGCGGGGAAACGAAGGAUUCGGAGCACAAAAAGAGGAAAAAAGGAGAGGAAAGAAAGGAGUCUGGCAUGCAGGGCGCGAUAAAUGUGAAUUGGAAGUGAGUAAAACUCCCUGCUGUGAGGACUCAAAAGUCUCUUAUCCCACAAAACAACAAGCCCACACCAAUUACGCCGUGUGGCCCCGGGGCCGUUGUUCCUUGUGGGUUUAGUGGAGAAAAGAAGCAUCGGAGGUUUAACUCAAACAGGAGAGGAAAAUCCACCGAACCCACAGGGGAAAAAAACUCACUGUAUGUUUUCAAUUUAGCGUGGAAAUGCUCAGUCACACCUACGAGAGCCGUGAUGACAAACACUUUAGCCGAGUCUGUUCUCGUCUAAAACCUCAGGGACUGAAACAAACUCAAACUGAAAAAGCUCAGUGUUUUCAUGAGUCUGCUGUGGAGGGAAGUAAACGCAUCAGGGAAAUCCUCAACCAAAGUUUAACUACAAAUUUAUCUGCUUUACAAUAAAUAAUAAUUGAUUUAAAACUUCAAUCAUUUCAGGAAGAGUCAAAAUCAUCAAAACUGAAUUGAUGACGAGGAAAAUGUUUCAUCACGUCUCUACGCCGUGCUGGAGUGUGUCCAUGUUUGAACACACUUUCUGGAGUGUGUGUGAGUGUAUGUGUGUGGAUUACAGUGUUAUGGUUUUAUGUGUGAGUGGAUUACACUGUUUGCUUUUCUCACUGACCCUCACUAAUCACCACAAACACGAGUGCGAGUCAACACAGGGAGGGCCGGAUUAUUUGAGCUGCUGCAGCGUAGAGCCGGGACACACGAGGACAAAGUCCGGACUACAGACCGGGUCCAGUCAUGGAUUCUUAAACAUGUCGAGAAGGGGCUACAUUACACACACACACACACACACUCAGACACACAAACAUUGACUCAGUGAGUUACUCUCAAUCUCCUUCAGACAGGGUGAGAAACGUCCUGGGACAGAGGGAAGCAGCUUUCAGGCAGCAGCAAUUACACAUGAUGAAAAUGAGCUGUGUUUAAUGCAACCGCAUCACACACACACAAACCCAGAGACAUCUGAAAUCAAAGGUCCAGGGGCCGCUCGGGGCCUGUAGUUCCUCCUCUUCGCUGUGUACCCAUAGCUCUCAGGGAGCCGCUUUGAUGCGUGUGUUAAUUAACUCCUAAAGGGACAAAGGGAACGCCACGAUCACGCCUGACAGCACCGAGUCAAGCCGGGGAGUCCACGCGUGUGUGUGUGUGUGUGUGAGUGUGUGCGUGUGUGUGUGUGUGUGUGUGUGUGUGUUUCAAGGGAGGAUAUGAAGGAUGCCUCCUGCUGUGCAGAGAGACGCCCGCCGUGGCAUUUUGACACGUGCAGAGCGGGACUGAUCCCAGAUCUGUGGAGGACAGAUCAUCAUCAUCUCUCCCCGCCUGUUAUCACAGAGCGCUCAUCGCCACAUGUGAGAGAGCUUUGCAGGAACAGACGGGCCGCGUGCUGAUGAAGAGCCGCGGCCUCUUCCUCGUCUGAGAGACGGCUGAAGAGGAUAACAAACUUUGAGUCGAGGCCGUCGUACAUGAAAACAUUUUUACCAUGUGGGGAUCUGAGGGUUCGGUCUCCCUCUCAGCCAGGUUCUUCCUCUUUUCAAUCAGGCCCUGAGGGUCCAGAGGAAUCUGGACGCUCCAGAGGCCCCUGGCAGAGGAAGAGGUUCUAACCCGGGGUCCCACAGGUCUCUGACUGUUCAUUCAGACGAGACUUCAGGAGUCUAUGGUUUGACUUCCAGCUUGUGAGUGAGAGGAACACAGAGAGUUAACCAAGGAUUUAACUCUUCUGUCGCUUCAGGCUCCUCAGGUGUUCAUCACCUCUUUGGCGUCAACACGCCGCAGACACAGAGAGAGAGAGGAGAGUAGCAGACUGUGAGUCAGAGAGAUUCUCGGGAUGUUUUAGUGAAGACUCAAAGUCCAGAUGAUGCUAAAGUAGAAACAUGAACACUCGUAGAAAACCUCUGACCAAUCAGAUUUACAGGACAGAUCGAGUUUAAUCAUUGCGAUCAGGAGUGAAAGUGUCAGAGGGCGGAGUCUGUGAGGCGUGAAUCAAAAUUAAAGAAGGACUUACUGGAGAAGGUGUUGCUGGAUUUAAGGAAUGGUCCAGGAAGUGAGUGGUCCAACCUGAGGUCGUAAAACAGCGAGCGGCCCGGGCUGCGUCGGGACCAUUUGGCGGCGGGUCAGGGAUCAAAGCGGUCGGUCAGAGCUCAGCGGUCAGUCAGGACUUCACGCCGUCGGCCGGGGAGAACUGCGGGGAUGAACACAUGGCGGGAAUUUAGUGAUGAGUCAAACAGAUCAUAAACUACCGAGGAGGAAAAAGGUGAAGAGAGAAAUCAGAGGAUGAAAAAACAGAAAAGAUCCCUGCACAGAGGAAAAACUCAAACUCUGUUUCUGUUCGAGUCCUGGAACCAGAACCAGAACCAGAAACACUUUAAUAAUCACCAGGAGGAAAGUGUUUUUGUCACAGUAACUCCAGUGAAAAACAGUAAAAAGAGGAGAUAAAAAAUAGAUUAAUAAGUAAAAAUAAAGAGAUAUUACACAUGUAGUAGUGAUGCAUAAAAUGGUCUGAAAAAGCCUCUGACUCGGUUUGAUGGAAAUCAAGAGUCUGAGUCUGACCUGCAUGUUUGAAAAUACUCUCCAUUUUGUUUCUCUUUGUAAAGAUUUACUGUCACAUUGACUCUCCUGCAGAAUCACCUCAGGAGCAUCAAUUUGGUCUUAAAAUUAAAAGCUGAAUAAACGACCUGAGGUUUGAUUUUUCAAUUAUUGUCAGAAAAAGGUGAAAAUGUGGACCUAAGAGGAGACUGUGACGUUUAAUCAGAAAAGAGGUACAAAUCAGCUGGAACUGAAUAUUCACCAGUUUGUCUCUAUAAAUAACGUAAAUGAUGAAAGCAUGAAUGUACGCCACAGUCUGAAGAUCCUCACAGGAAGCAUUAAGCCACCUCCAGGCGAUGCCCCUCCAAAAUAAAACCAAACUUGAGGUCAGGCUCUGCAGAAGCCGAGCCGGAUCCUCCUGCAGCGGGGAUUCCUCCUCCUGAGCGGGGGCCUCCACAUCUGUUUGCUGUUGUGGAGGUUCAGGAGGAGAUCAGUGGCAGGAUAUUGAAGAUCCAGGCUGAGGAGGGGUGUGAAGCUGCUCACACUGACAGACGGAGGAAAACAAACUCACUCAGAGUCUCUCAGGAUCUGUUUGUCUUUGUGUUUCCUGCCCUCGACCAAAGAACAAAUGGUUAAACAACACAAAGAAGCUCCUCUCUCUCUCAUAUACAGAAGCUUCUCCCUCUGUUUUCAGGUCUCUGCUCCUCUUCAAGUGGAGAGUGUGGGGAGUCAGUAUAAAUUCAAAUGUCACUGUUAGCCUCUAUUUGUACAUUGGCUGCUGGCACAAUAAACAACCCCCCUGCGGUCGGAGCUGUAUUCUAUUUAAGACUCGCCACCGACCUGGGCUUCUUUUAUGGGAUAGCUAUUAUUCAAAGGAGAAUAGGUGUAGGGCCCGACCAUAAAUUCCAGCAAGUGGCCCUUGGAAAAGGGGGGGCCGCGCCGAGGAAUUGACUGCGUGCACUGUGAUUUUACUCGGCUACGCUGUGACCUUUUGAGUAGAGACAGACUCAUUUGUUUGGCUGACAAGAGCGGCUCUAAUAAUUCAGGGGGACAGUGGCUGCUGGUAAUAUUCAGUGAUGAGCUGAACUGCUCUCUUGUACGCCGACUACACCUGGAAGGCAGAGACAUUUGUUUUCCUGACGCAGGAAAUACCCUCUCGGUGCGAGACGUUUGAUUCCUCUGUGGGACUAAUCUAAAUCAUGUGUGUCACACUGAGUGUCGGUUAAUUUACGGCAUGUCAAAGGUGUUCUUCUUUAGGAGGACUUACUUUGGUAUUUCUGGGUGAACUUCAAGGUGGAGUCUCAUUUUGGGCCUACCAAACAAAACAAGUUCAUGUGAGGGAGUUUUACUGCUGAUGUGAAACUACAGAAACAACAAACUCUGCAGGAUGAAUGUUUGAGUGUCCAAACAAACACAGUAACAAACUGUAACAAACACAAACGCUCAGAGAAGAUGAUCUGAAACCAACAGGUGAGUGUUUGUGUCCCUGAAAGAAAACUGAACCGACAGGACGAUUGAUCUGAACACAAUGAGCUGAGAGAAAGGGGGGGUUUCUUCCUCUUUAAAGGACUUGAUUGUGAGGGUCCAUUAUAGUCAAAUGAAUCAUUGUUUGUCCUCUCAAAGGGAGUUUACAGUCAGCAGUGGGAGGUGGAGCUUAAUUACACGGCUAACUGAGCUGUUGACUUGCUAACGUGGUUGUUAGAUUCUCCGCUCCACAAGCUCUUCUUUUACUUUCUGCAUCUGAACUGAAGUCACACUCGAGCUGCUUGAAAACUCUCACAAAUGACCACCGGUGAUUGGAGCACAAAGCUGACCUCUGUCUCGUACCGGAGUUCCAUCCUGCUCCAAUCACCGAGCUGCUAAAUGUGCGAACAGCAAAUGUUAAGCCUGACUAAUAAUGAUUUGUGAGGACAGAUCAGAGGACUGCAGGCGUGAAAGACCGCCAUUAUGUCCCUCAUAUAUCACCUCAACUAAAGGAGCUUUGUGUGUGUGGCGAGGGGCUUCCCAGGAGGCUUCACUGCGGGCCUCUCACACCUGUUCGACUGAUUCAUCAGCGGCGGUAACGGCGGCAGACAGAGCUGUCAGUCAGUCAGUCAGUCAGAGGUUCAGAUCUGUAAACUCAAACUUCAGGACCUGUGUCUGUCUGGUCGUGUUGUUAGUCUGAGGCAGUAGGAGGUUUAGGACACCUGUGGAAAUAUAAACCUGCACUCGAAGCAGAAUCGUGAGAUCGUUCUUCGUCUACGUCAUUUUAAAGCGACGAGCAAAACAUCGUAAAAGGUUCUUACUCUGCAAAGAAAGAAAAAAAGAUUGACAGGAGAAAAUAACUGAUCACCUCUAACUUCUUUUUAUAACUUGGUUGAUCUUUCUCCGAUAAUUCACAGUAAAUUAUUUAAAAGAUAAAAAUAAGACUCAUAUUAGGGGGGAAUGAAAACACAAACUCUGGGUUUGUAUUUGGAGGAAAAUCUCAGUAACAUAAUCAAACCUGAAUAAAGAGUUUAAAUCCGUCUUUAUUCCUCCACCAGCUUUGAAGAUAAACUCCGAUUGUUCUAACUGUUUAGACCACAAAGCCCGCCUGAAUGCUGUGAGCAGAAAGGUCAAUAGUCAAAUAAACUUUGAUGACAUGUGAGCUAAGACCUCCGCCUCCUCAUCCCCCGUCACCUUUAACCUCCAAAAGCCCCCUCAUCGACCCCCAACCUCAACUGCCGGAGAGCUAAUUGAGUCGUGGAGGAAAGGAGACGUGGAGAGCUGACUCUCCGUGAAAACAUGAAUCUGUGUUUGUCAGUGAGAAAUGACUGUGAGAAGAGCGGGACAAAGAAAAAACUCAAACCUACUCAAGACAAGUGUCUGUUUUCUCCUGAUGAGCCUUUUCAUGAACAUCUAAGUCCUCUUUCUGCUUCCAGAGUGGGUCUCGAGUGAGCCCUGAGUGUACUCGUCUCAUCCCAAAUUAACACCUCCUUCUCCUCAGCCGCUCCUGAGAGUCCGCUCCCCCUCAUUCAGCAUUAACAUCUCCUUUUGUGUUCUUUACGCAGACGCUGAACAUGGAGACUUCUGCACCCAGAGCUGCUGAGAAAAAAGACAAGAUGGACGGGCACGGGUUCUCCGACCUACCUAAAAAACCCUCCCCCUCAGAGAGCAGAGGUAAGGCUGAUCUGAGUCGAGUGUCCGGCCGUCUGUCAGACUUGUGCGUGCCGUGUGACAGAACAAGCGGAGUCUGUAAGGUGCUCAGCCAGGGGGCAAAGGGGGGGCCGACACCAGAGAUGAAAUAUACAUUUCAAAGAUGAAGUGUGAUCUCUGGAGCCGGCGCUCGUGGCUCCUCUCAGGCCUGAUCAGGAAGCAGCAGCAGUCAGAGGUGACUUACAGUAAAGCCUGACAGGAAUCCUAAACAGACCCGAGUCUUAAAAGAGCAUCAUUAAUGCAGGAGGGUCACCCCGAUACCAAGGUGUGUGUGUGUGUGUGUGUGUGCCAUCCAGGAGUGUGGCACCGUUUGAGCCCAUAAACACUGAUGAAUAGAUAACAUGACAAGAGAAAGGGGGGUGUCGGGGCAGGUGAGAACCAGUGUUUGUGUUGUUGAACUAAAUCAAGAGUAGCAGCCGUCCUCCCGGGCAGAGAGAGAGAGAGAAUACAUGUUUUAAAGAUGUCAGAGAAUGGGUGAUGAAAGGCGGCCAUAAUGAGGCUCAAAGACCUUGUUCUUACCUCCAGAGUAUAAAGAGAAAAACCCGUCAGGGGCUGAGAGAGGCGAGGACGACACCGAGCUUCAGAGAGUGACAGAGAUGCAGAGUGAUGGGCUGCUUUUGAAAUGGAAAUUAAACGCCUGAUUUAGUGACAUUUUUACUCAUUAAUGAAGGACUUGGUGGCCUGCCAUCGUAAAGAAACAUGCAUUAAUUGAUAAAGAAGGAACAAAGAUGGAAAUGAAGCUCUGAAGUGGGCAUGCCAUCAAAACAAUGAGGAUUUACAGGAUUAUUCUGAUACACUACAUCCUACUUUCAUCAGAUCUGAUCCCAGAACAUCUCUUUUAGCAGCCCAGAGUCCCAAAGAACUGAGACCAUGUUGAAAAAUCAGCACAUCCAAGUUCGUCCAGCUGUGAACUUCUUAUAAUCCGAAUCUUUUACGAACUUUGACCAAGUCUCAAGGAACCAAACAUAUCUCAGAUAUUAGUCACUAUUGGAAAACGUUCGGACACUCCAUCCAUUUUAAUGCUCCGAUUAGAGAUCGAGGCCAGGACACAUGAUUUUUUAAUUGUAGGAUGGUGGGAGAAGGUCCCGCCCUCCUUCGCCUGUGAUUGGCUAGAAGUGCUGGGCUCUGACUGGUUACUCCUCAUGGCUGUAAAACCGGGUUAGCGUUUCAGUUACUAAGUUGGUAAAAAGCAAAAUCGGAGGCGGAAACAAGAUGGCUACAUCUACGAAAGUUAUCUUAGCUCUUGCCUUGUCAGAAUAAAAGGCAAGCGCUAAAAUAAACUCGGGUGUGACGUCAUUUUCAGCUCCAAAAUCUGACUUCUGAAUGCAGCAUUAGGUUCAGGGUCAGGAGAUUUAGAUCUGCGAUAAUGUUCUGUAAUGUUCUGUUCGACAUACAGAGCCGACAGGCCGCGCUCGGCUUGAGCGUGUGAUGACAUUUCAUAGCCAAUCAGAGGCGAAGGAGGCGGGAUCUUCCCCUAGGAUCCGACGAAAAAAAAUAUUGCGGCCAGGACACUAGUUAGCUUGUGUGAGUUAGCCUUUGUGAACAAGUUAGCCUUUGUAUUUUCUUCAGCAACAUAACAGAACUCAUUUACAAGGAUUUGUAUAUUUUAAUAUUUCUUCAUAAAAAACUUAAAAAGACGACUUUGUAUCGAUCGCAGAAUUUAGCGGCAAUCUCCCCGAUCGCUUAAGGCUUUAUUUGGACCCCCAGAACUGCCCGUAUCUAUGCCUAAACAAAAUGUGUUAAAUUCCGAACAGAUGCCUGAAAAAUACGUAUUUAAAGUGGUUUCACACAGAAAAAAACACCGUCUUUGUCUUGUUUCUCCGGAGCAACAAGAUAGCUCAUACGACUGAGGAGAAUUGAACUUAAAUGUGUUUUUAAAAUGCAUCUUACUUAAGUUUGUUCAUUACGGCUCUUUAAAGUGUUGGGGAUCGUUCCCUGCUCAUAAUUAAAACACAAACAUCCUAAAAAAAGCUGCAGUGGUUAUUUUUUCCCACUCAGCAGCAGAGGUGAGGACGACACAGAGAUGCCUGUUUUAAAGAUGUCAGUGAGCGGGUGAUGAAAGCUGCUUCUAAUGAGGUUAAAAGAGCUCGCUCUUACCUCCAGAGUAUAAAAUAUGAGUCUGUGUGGUUGGAGGACGACGUGAUGUCUGAGAGACUGACAUGGACGCAGAGUGACGGACACUUUGAAAUGGAAAUAAAGCGGCUGAUUCAGGGACAUGUUGUCUCUCUGGUGGAGGACUUGGUGGCCUGCCAUGAUGAAGACGUUGAGCGGUGAUUGUUCAGAGGAGAAUACAAAUAUAGGACGGUUUCACAUGUGGAUGAUGAUCUUCCUCAAUAUUUGAACAGAGCUGGAGCAGACUCAGAAGGAUGGUCUCGGGUCGGCUCGGGGUCGGGGGUCACUUGUGCCAAGAUUUUGGAAGAGGCCGUUCUUUCAUAAUAACCAACAAUCUGUUUAAAACGGAUCCUGACGCUGAAGUAAGGAGAGGAGACCUGUUUCUGUGCCUUGUAACGCUGUGACCUGAAGGCUAACCUCACUUGAACUCUAUUGUAUAUUUAUAUUCCGCCAUUUUCAGUAUCAGCUGCUGGUUUUUUAAUCUUCGCUCACUCUAAAUAAGAACUCUCUCUAUAAUAACUCUUCCUCCUAUCAGCUGCGUAGAAGAGCUCUGUAUUUUAAUCUUAAAUAAACGAGAAGCUGCGAUUCACAGCCAACCAAUCAGAUAUCGGUGAGCAGGUUCAGGCCCCGGAGUUAAAAAGCCCCACGUUCUGCCACCGAGUGGAGACAGAGCAAUUACUUAUGGCAGUAAUAUGCAUUAUUAUUCCUGUUGUCCGCUCCUGAUAAGUGAAUAUGCAGCAUGAGGAGGAGGAGGAGGAGGAGGAUGAGACCAGGUCCUUGAACCCGAGAGCGUCUUCUUAAAGGCAGGAAAACGAGACCUCUCUAAUAUACGGCUGCUGUUCAGGCUCUUUUAUUGUCACUCUGUUGUUUACUGUUGGCUGCAGAAUUCCUGUCACCUAAGUCAUGCCCACCUCUGAGCCUCGACGGCGCCUGUAUAACAGCCCGCCCUGUUUUAUAUUCCCGCCCUGUGUUAUUUAUUUAGAACAAUUUCCUCUCUAUCAAAGGACAUGGCUAAUGCCGAGUUUUAAUAUGUUAUUUACACAUAAAAACAAGCUAUUUACAGCGCUGUACGUGUGCAGAAGGGAGGAAAAUGAAUGGGCCCCCGCGCCCCUCUCCGAUCUGUUAUAUCACAGUUUAACAAUCUGGAUUGCUAAUAGAACCAUUUAUCAUGGAGCGGUCAUUUAUUUUAUGUGAGCAGCCCAGGUCUCGUUCCCAGAGGCCUAUGGAAAUGGGGUGCACGUAUAAUGAAGCUCAAGUGCGAGUCACUUUGUUUAAAAAGUGGAUCUGCCACGCUCCGAGUCAAUUAGAAUGGACCCAGGUGCUCCAGACGCUCCUAUCUGAGAAUUUCUGAUGAUCAAACCUCCCCCCAUCGUCUUCCUGCUCCGUCCGAGUCCCUACAGGAGAUCACGUUUAGGACACUGAGGGAAACCGGCGCCACAAUAAUAAAAAACACUUUGGCGUGGUGACUUCUGGACCCCCGUUCUGUGCUGUUUAUGCAGAACCCUGGGCCUGGCAGCGGCCCUGUUUUGGUCUCUCCUCCUCUGGCUGAGCUCGGGACUCUGCUGCUGCUGCUGCUGCCUGGUUAAUAGAUUCAAAUGAGCGCCUGUAUUUCCUCUGACAGCACGCAUCUGUCUGCUUAUACAGGCCGAGCCUCGGCGCUCAGAUUUACGCCGUCUCAGGGACCUUUAUGAUAUCACAGCCAUUGGUAAUAACCGAGGGUAUUUAGAGAGGAAAUAUCGGUGAGAAAAGCAGCAAAAUGACAAAUAAUCCAGCGGCUGUUAUUGAUGUACGUGUCAGUUUCCUCGGAGGAUUAAAGGCGCCGCAUUAGGAGGAAAAUUUCCCUUUUUUAUAUAAAUUCAAAUCCAGAGACAUUUCUUUAAGGCUCUGCAGGAAAUCGGAUUUCUGCUGGAUUGGAUAAAUUUAGACUUAUUGCCUUUUCAAAAAAUCCAUCUGUUUUUUCAGCGGAUCAGAGGAGCCGGAUUCUGAUUGGCUCACAGCUAAGGUCAUUUACCGGAUCGUCGAGGGCGUUCACAAACUCUUGGACAAUUUUUACAUUUGACUACAGCACUUUGAAAAUGUCCUGCUUUAACCUCCUCAAAGUUUCGUCCAAAGAUCCGUAUCGAACUCUUGAAAUUUUACAGAACGGCCCUUUAGAAACAAAGUCAAGAAAUCCUGAUGAAGAUCAUGAUCUGGGAGGUUUUUUUCUACCUGAAUGAUAUAAAUGUUCAGGCGUCAGAUCAUCUUUAGAUCGGUUAGAGGAGGAAGAGGAGUCUUUGUUUUCAGGGGGUCUGUCUUCUUCUUCUUUUUUUCCCUCUCCUCUCCGUCUGUGUCGGUAAACUAGGCCAGAGGAAACACCGGCUGCUGCUAAUGAUUUGAUUAACUGGCUUUGGUGGUUCAUGACAUACAUCUUGCUGGGAGUGAGUUUGUCACCGGAGCGGGAGAUUGAUGUGCCGCGCUCAGAGCCCCCUCCUCCUCCUCCUCCUCCGCUCAGGUCUUUCUGCUGCUGCUGAGUCGGGCUGGUCCGCAGGGAGGGAGCUGGAGUACUUAGCACCUCCAAGGCUGCAUUGGACAUGAACUGGCUAAACAGACGCACAUCUGAGAGCAGAUUUCAGGACAGUGGAAGAGGAAGAUCAUCAUUUAUAGUUUGGAAAUAAAGGCGUUAUCUAAACCAAUGCCUUUAUUUGGUGAUUUUGAUGUUUUUUGGGGGGAAACCUUUAGUCUGGUGGUCUGAAGACGACCGAAAAAGAAGAAGAGCAGAACUCUCUGAUGAUGUCCAAAUCUGCUAAAGACAUUUCCCCGUUCUGACUGGAUGUAGUGAAGAUCCUCGCUGACAGAAACAGUCAUUCAGUAAGACGUUUAAGAUUCUGGAGAAAAACCGCCUGUUAGAAACAAAUGGAUCCUGAGUCCUGAGCCCCUCGGUCAGAUGGUAGGAGAUGGGGGUCUGCGCUGUGUAAAUGGUGUCUUAAGAGAGGUGUGUUUGCGAUAAGGGCGGGUUUCUUUAUCUGGCGGUAAAGUGGGCUUGGGUAGACAGCGAGUAAUUGAUGGUAGGUGGAUGCGAAGGCCCCCGCCGUUAAAGAAGGCGAGCUGCACAGAGAGCACUCAGAGGGUCAGAGCCGCUGGCAGAGAAAAAUGCGCCCGAAAAAGACUCAGCAUCCUCCUCCUACUCCAAAAGGACGGCCACUAAUCUUCCUGAGAAGAAGAAGAGGAGGAGGAGGAGAAGGAGGAGGAGGUAAAGGAGGAGGGGUGGAGGUUCUUUUCUCCUCCUCUGUGCUGUUUAAAUGAGGCCCUGCCCAGGGAGCAGAAAAACAGCCCCCUGACAUUCGCACAGACACACUAACACACAAAAUACGACUGUUUCACAGAGAGAGCGAGCGCUCAGCUGAGGCGCCGAAAAAAACAACAACAACCAGAGAGAAUUCGUUCACUUUCAGACGAGAACAGAAACCAUCAGACGGCCUCGAGUUCAGCCUUCACCGUCUGUGAGAGAGGGGAGAAAUUUAGUUUCUGCUGCAGGAGGUGGCCCCUGAGCGCGGCCCCUCACUACGGCUUUCCAGUAAUCACAGAGGCCGUCUUCCUGCUGCACGCACACACACACACACACACACACACACACACACACACACACACACACACACACACACACACACACACACACACACACACACACACACACACACACACACACACACACACACACACACACACACACACACACACACACACACACACACACACACACACACACACAUCUGUGGCUCUUUCUAAACACUUAGCUUGAUGACUUUCCAAGAUGCCCUUGUCCUGUUUUAUCUGAAGUUUUACCCCGGGGAGGGAGGGAAGGAGGGAGAGAGAGAGGGACCACCAGAUGACAUGUUCUCGGUACAAAAAAGAAAAGUUUAGUUUUUUCUUUCUCUCUUAUAUUCAGUCUAUUUUUAGAUGAGUGGUAGAUCGGCGGAUAAAGAAACACACGCCUGUUUCUGCCCUCAGUUGCUCCUCACUUGUUAGUUGUUUUCAGGCUGAGAGGAGUCAUUAAGGAAACUUGUAAAAACAUGGCCUAGAAAUUCCAGAUGCACUGCAGAGACGUCCAGCGUGGAGUUAAAAAUGCGAAGCUGGAAAUCUACUCACAGCGCAUCCCUCCAAAAAGCUCGCACAUGAUCAACUGUUGAUUAUUGAAACCUGUUGGAACGAGGAGUUUAAUCGGAGUCAGAGGCUGAACUCCAGAGUUUCAAGAGGAAAACACAAAUAAAGAGGACAGAGAUGAAGGUUCAGACACACUGUACGGAGCUCAGUGUCAGCUCAUCUCUCUGUUCUCAGUUCACAGUCAGAUUUCUCAGCGAUUUAAGAAUGAAGAGAUCCCGGCGCUGAAAUAUGCGACCGCAAGCGUCAGGCAUGGUCUGCAGACAUCAAUCUCUCAGAGCCAUUAAGGUUCGCUCGCGCCGAUUCCAAAAACAACAGGCUGCAUUCCUGCAGAUUUACAACUGCGGCGAAGAGCGAUAUACGGAUGUUUGAGAGGAUUAAGCCAAAAAAAAAAACUCCCCCACCUUUUCAUUUUCGGCGACCAGACUGCAAAUGAGUCCCCCUCCUCCCCCCUCGAGAGGUUGCCUCUGCGGUUUAGGGGCAGGUCCCAGGUCUGUCUGUUUCAGCACCAAGAGCCGUUUCUACAGGCAGGCCUUCACACGGGGGGCCGACACUGUGACAAAUUCAACAACAAGUUCCUCCUGAAUCAAAACAGACAUUCAGCCAUGAGGAUAAAAUAAAGCACAUUUAGCUCAUGUCGAGAAAAUAACUGAAUACAGCUUUUGUUCAUCUUUACUCUUUAGUUAUUUUUCUUCCUCUGUCUCAGGAGCAAAAACCCAAGCACUCAAAGUAUCUGUCAGACUUUACUCCUAAGAACACAGAAGAGGACGACGAUAAACUGCGCUGUCCUCUAUAAAGAGGUUGUGGGGAGUUUAACCUUUUUGAAGCCCGAAGUUUCAGGGAUUUACUUCUUUAGUUCUCACAGCCUGGAUGAAGUCGAGGAGUCAGAAACUUUCCGUCUGUUGCAGACAAAUUGAAUUAUUCUGGGGUUUUCGCAGCUCAUUGUGGUUCUGACCAGUACGACCGCAGUCUGCAGGCCCCCCUGAGCCGUCGCAGGAUAAACAAAAGUAUCAGGAAAGUUGGUGUGAAGGGAAUUUGGAGGUUUGAGGAGCGGUAUGUCACAUUUAGGACACCUCUCGCUCUGUCUGGCUUUCUGACAGCAGCAAAAAAAACUACGGCAUGAAGGAAAUCUGGCAAAAGUUACAACUUCCCUCUCUUAAAGACCAAACAUGAGGAUCUUAAAGGGAUACUGCGGCGUAAAAUUUAUGUCAAACACACCGUAACACCGAGUUAGACCCCCCCUCCAGAGAUGAAUGUUGACGACCGCUUGCUUCUCUAGUUAUACCAACUUUAGUAACGACCGCAGGAUAGCAAUACAGAGAGAGACACACUGAACCAAAAAGCCACUCUAUAGCCACAAAUAAUGCUCAGAACAGCACCUAACUUCAUCAACAGGACAUAUAGGGUCACAGACAUAGUAUUAGACACCAAACAUCUUUUUAACUUUGACUCAUUUCUUUAGCAAAGAGACUAAACACAACUUACCCACUUUUACAGACUACAGCGGAGUUUCGCAGCCCAAGGAAGAACAUUUAUGAUCAUUUCUUCAUGGAAAUACAAUCAGACUAAGACGCUAAGACAGAAGAACUACCACGUCUGUAAAAUGAUUAAUAUGAUGAUUAUUACUUCAAGGAAAUGAUAAAAAAAUGAUCAUAAAUGUUCUUCCUUGAGCUGCGGCGCCCCGCUAUAGUCUGUAAGAGUAACACCAAAGAUGUUUGGUCGCAAUAUCCCUUUAAGUAAUUGUUUAGGGGUUAACACAGUAGUGAUCACUUCACACUCAGGUCAUGCUGAUGCAGAUUUUCAGGAUUUCAAAAUUUACUCCAUAUAAAAAUUAUAAUUUUACAAAGUGGGACUGAGAGUUCGUCAACUUUUCUUCAACAUGAGAAUUUCUCCACCAACACGGUUCUGCAGACAGUUGGUCAUGAGCCGUAAAUUUAGGAGACAUUUGUCGACUUUUUCACAGCCGUGUUUUCUGAGGGAGGAGGCUUGUAUGUUUGGAGACUCUGACUCAGAACCCCAGUAGCUUAAUUCCAUGUUAUUGCAAACUUAAUCUGUUUUCUGUAUUUCUGAAGGCCAAACAUUUACAGUUGACACAGUGUGAGGUAGUGACAGGUCUGCAGCCUCCGCCCUCUCAGACCGCUCGCAGCUGCAGCGACGCUCUUGACUCGGUUACAGUGAAACCAGAAGAGGCAUGCUAAUUGGCUUGUAAGUAUUACAGAAAGCAGCUGGAGAUUAGCAAUAAGGGCUAAUUAGCCGGGCUACACUGGAAAUCAAAGCUUGCACGUGAGGAUAAACACACAGCCUGGUGUUUGUCUGGUGAUUAGACAUCUUUAUGAAGCUCCAGGUCGUCACUUUUGUGGAGUUUAAAGCUCCGGUCUGAGAGAGAGAGAGAGAGAGAGAGAGAGAGAGGUGUUGUGUUUCGAAAGCUGCUAACUUUCCUCUUAAAUGCUCACGUCUGCAUUGCCAGAGGCCCUAAGCAACUGUUAAAACACCGUAAAUAUGACUCCAGUCUUUUUCUGAAUUCAUCAUUGAGGAAUAUUUUCCAUCAUAAACACACGGCAGUAAAUGAGUCCCCCGUCGACCGGCCUCAGCGCCGAAGAAUGACAUAAAACGUCCAAUAAGAGAGCUCUGUCAGAGUUUAGGAUCAGGUUUGACACCUUCAGAGAAGAUUCUGUCCCACAGCGUGAAGAGGAGACGGUCCACAUGAAGAAAGUCCACGUUAAGAUGGUUGAAUUUGUUCUUCAGUCUCUCUGACCUCUUAGGUGUGUACAUGAGAGGUCAAAGCCAAGGCAGGGAGAGCAGCAGCAAAGACAAACGUGGUAAAAAUAGACACAGCAUUAAAACGAGGGGCGGGGUGGAGGAAGGAUGGAUCAGCUGAGAUCGAGUCCAUGAAGAUGCAUUUGAAGGAUAAUACGAGCAAACACACGGCAGCAGACAGUCAGAGAUUGAUCACAGAGUUCACAGCUGUUCAGACGACCUGAAACAGCUGAAGGUCUACGCUGGGGUUGUAUCUUUAAGACGUCUGUGUGGAGUGAACUGGCUGAUAAAAGUGAUCAUAUCUGCAGAAAGUCAUUCAGGGAUCAAUCCGUCUCCACCUCCACCUCCAGCUCCAGCAGCAGCAGGAAGCAGCAGGCUGCAGGACUGGGUGUGUAAACUGUUGUGAAGUGGGUGUAAUGACACAUUUUCACUGGCAGGGAAACUCGAUCACAGCUGACAGCUUGUCUGCUGGGCCUCAUAGAGAAAACACGCCGAGCUCCGACUGUAACACGAGCCUGAGAGACAACGAGGGCCGACAUGAACCCUCAGCAGGCGGCCCGCUGCCCCCGCUCACACCCAGCAGGGAUGAUGGAGGUGGGAGGUUUCCUCUCCUUCAACAAUCCCCUCAGCAGGGCUCUCAUUUCCUAAUCAAAGUCCCCCCCUCCUAAAUCUGCACAAAAAUGACCCUCAGCUUUGGGAGCAGAAAUGUCUCAUGUUAUCUUCACAGACGAAUAAAAACCAACCAAACAUGUACUUUUAUUCUGAAAGGUGACAUGCACAUUUCCUCUGCGGUUUUUCUGCAGCGCCUCGUUCAGACUAAUUGUUGUCCUGAUGUGCUUCGUCUUGCAGCCAUUGGUGGAGUUUGUGUGAGUUAAUUAGCCACCAAACCAGGCCAAGCAGGGACUGAAAGAAGGUCAGGAAAUAUGCAGAUGAGCGCUGCUCUCAUUCGGAGUGAGAAAGUCGAUGUAUGAGUCACAGGAAACUCAUUAGACAGAUGUAUGAGUGUAAUGAUGCUGCAAGGACAGAGGCAGUUUCUUUUUUGGUCAGCAGUGUGUCGCAGGGAUAAAGUUAAUUUUCAUAUUUAAUGUUAGGUUCUAUUCUAAGAGAGACUUUUUUUAAGUCACGUGUUCAGUGUGUGCACAGCUCCUUAAACUGUGAUCCAGCUCCCCCCCUCCUCUCCGCUCCUGAUUGGCUGAGAGAGGACGAGGUGCGAGUCAGCGUUUAAUUGUUCGCCGUGCUCUCAUUGUGCGAGGCGGCCUCUUCUUCUUCUUCCUCUUCUUCUUCUCUCAGUUGAGGCACUUUAUCAUUACACACUGCGCUGUUUGCCGGGCUUUGUGGCCCUCGCCAUCGCUAUUCAGAGGGUGAAUUGUGCGGGUCAGAGGUGGCCCACUCAGGAGGAGACGGGAGAGGAGGGGGGAGAUGGCGAGGCUGCUCCUCCCGGCUCCUAUAAGAAAGAACUUUAAACUUCUGUCUGUACAGAUUCCAUCGAAGGCUUUCUGUUAAAAUCUGUAAAAACGCAGCAGGUUCUUCUCAUCCUCCGCUCUCGUCUUAACUCGGAGCUGUGUUGUUGAUCCUCUCUGUUCCAGCAGCUGUCUUCACUCUCAGACAGACUCACCUCAGCACACCUCAGCGCAGCUCUGGGUCGUCUCAAUGAACAACUUAAACGGCUGUUAAUAUCCGACUUUAUAAACAACGGUUCUCAGUUUUCACACACUGAUCCUGGAGACCUCGACUUGAAGGUUUCUGUAUCUGCUCUGUGCUCCUCUCAGGCUGCAAUCACACCUACAGGCCUCCGUUUGAACCUUUAGCGGUGAAGUUUGUGUUUACGAAGCACUUCGGUUCACUCAGCGAGAUUACAAGCCGAGCUGGUCCUGUAAACUAAACUCAAACAGAUUCCUGAGGAGCCUGUUUAUGGGAGAGUUUUUUGUAACGUGUCAUCGCGGCGGGGCAGAGACGGCGGUGGAGAGUAACGUCAAAACAAAUCCGAGUCCAGUUCUUGUAAUUUGGGCUCUAAGUGAUGGGAACAUGGAGGUGUAAUUCCCCUUCUCUGGUCUUCAGAAUGAUCAUCGGAUGAAAUCAUUCCGACGUUGGAUUUCCAGUCCUCGCUUCUCCUCGUCUCCUUUGACUGAACUACAAAUUAUUUCUCGACAAAGUGUCCCCUAGCAUCCUGACGUUGGAGUGUGUGGGAGCGGAGAGGCGGCGAGCGGCCCCCAGCAGUGGGAAAGUGUUAAUCAGGAUUAGAAAGUCAAUUCCCUUUAGGUCUGUCUCUUUAUUCCUCCAUUGUUUCCUCUCGAGCUGUCUCCCACACGCCUCCCUUUAACAGAGAAAGGAGCAGUAUUGUUGGGGAGAGGUCAGUUUGGAGUGUAUGUGAAGAGGGUUUCGUGUGGAGGCAGGGGUCAGAGGUCAUGAUGUCAGGAGGAAUAGAGCGAACCGCCCUGUGUUCCCUCUGCUGCUUUAGUUUGUGGUUUUAACAACUCGGAGUGUUUUAUACGCCGCAGGAGUUCAGACGAGCUCGACUGUCGAAUCAAGACGAACUUCCAGUGAGAUGUUUGUUCUUUAUUUUCACCCCAAAUUUUCACCGCAUCCGGAAUGGAUCAGAUCCGGAACGGAUGAAAUCAUUCCGAUGUUGGAAUUCUAGUCCUCUCUUCUCCUCGUCUCCUUAAACAGUCAAAGAUCCGUCGAUUUUCACCGUACACCAAUUCCAACCGGAUCCGUUUGUGAGACGAAUUUCGUGGCAGAUUACAGACUGCAGGAAUCGUGUGAACUCACAAGAACCUGCGGAUUCACAUGUUCACGUGAUGACAAGUUGUCUUAAGCCACAUAGACAUAUAAGCAGUAGAUUGUGUCCUUCCAGAGGAGGAAAUCUACUUCUAGACUUCUAGAAUCAGCAUCUCCUCAUCCAUGGUGUCAUCGGGGUGAAAUGACGUCUAAAAACCUUUCACUUGUUCGUCUCAGCCCGUUUGCAUGGUGUGAAAUAUGAUCCUCCUGAAACUCGGAGUGUUUUAUUUUGAAAAGUAGACGGAUGUUUUAUUUUGUGUCUGUGCCCGACUUCCUUUCCAGCACGGGUUAAUCUGUGCUGAAUUUAUCCGCCAUGCUCCGGCAUCCGGAAACAAUAGAACUCUUGAAGUCAGUAGAAAUGGACACAUUAACUUAAAUAGUUAUGAUCAGCAAUGAUCAGCGGAUACGGCCUUUUCGUAGCCGUUCUGUAUGCGGUGGAAAUUGGGGGUUCAGUCGGAGUCACUAGACCUGAUCAAAUGAUCCAGUUUGAUUUCAAAGAAUCAUUGAGAAAACUGAACUCGUCACUAAACUCCCGACAGUGUAGACUUCCUCUGCAGGGCCGGAGAGUCGGCUCCUCUGCUCUGUGUGUCUGUUUGAAAACAUUUAUUGGAGCUGAAGAGGUCGGGCCGUCUGAAGAAGAGUGAGGAAGUGGGUUUGGCUCUGCUCUCCGUCAUGCUCGGCAGCAGAAUGUCAAACAAACACCAGCGGCAGUGAAAUAAAGCCGGCCGAGGGCAGAGUCAGGGGAUCAGCCGGGUUAAAAAAUAGAGACUUUCCUGCUUCAGCAGAUUGUUUCGGCGCGCAGCCGAGCGUUUAUCGACACGGGAGGCGGCUUAGUGCUGAUGCGACAGCGCCGAACCGGAUCUAUUUUUGUAGAUCCAAGUGGAGGUCUCUGCAUCCUCAGGGGGGGAGCGGGAGGAUUGUUGAGGUGAGCGUCGUGAAGCGGGACAAAGAUGUCUUCUGCUCCCACCUGUGACACAUUCAUCACGGCUGCGAAGAGGAUGCGCAUCACUCAAAAGACUCCCCAGUGUUUCCUCUCCUCUCUGCAGAGUCUGAACCUGCAGAGGCCUCCACCUCAUUAAGACUCCACAACAAGACCCAACGUGGAAACGGUUCUCCGCGCAGGUUUUUCAGAGAGAACUAGGUCUCUGUUUCAUUUACAGAUGGCCCGUUGGAGUCGUUUCCCCUCAGCUGCUUCACCAGUCCGGGGCGAGGCAUAAUCCCAGGCGCCCCCCUGGCGAGGGUACCAGCGGGGUAAUAUGGAUGUUAGCUUGGGUGCACGGUGACAGCCCCAGAAGCGACUAUUUAAUUCAUUGUAUUUUAAUUAUCGCUCUCAUUCAGCAGCUCGCGGGUCUUUCUUUGGCUGCUCUCGACAGCGGGCCUUUAUCACCGGCCCGUCGGAGAAGAUAAUAAACCUGAGCUUUCAGGUAAUUACUUAAUCUGGACAAACCUGUGUGUUAAGCAGUGCUAUUAAGCGAGGGGCCGAUAAAUCAGGCAUGCAUAGGAGGUGGGUGAUUACUCGACGGUGUAAUCAGUCUUCGCACCCUCGCCGUCUUUUAAGGAGCUAAAUUGCACAAACAGCAUGCUAACAACACGCAGCUCGUGGCGGCGAGCAGAGAAGGCACCGAGUCGCCGCCUGUCUCGUUCUGUUUGUGCCAGCCGCCGUGAACUCACCUUCAGCCCCAUGAUGCAUUGGGGUUAUUAUCAUGUGGCCUGAGCACAGCUGUCCAACACUGAUAAGAAACUCUCCCCCGUGGUGCUUCACCUCUGGGGCCACCGAGCGACAACCACACAGAGGUUUGAUCAGGAUGGAGAGAACGGUGGAUAGACGGACGGACGAACAGACAGCAACAUGUUCAAAGAGCCUCAGAAGUUAAACACAGGAAGUGAUGUCACAUGUUUUACUUGGGGACAUUAGACCAGUUCCAGUUCUGAACGACCUUGUUUGCUGUCGUUCCUCAAGUUCUUCUCUCACGGUCAGCAGGACUGAAAGAUCUCACUGCUGCUGAGGUUCCUGGUUUCUUCACAUCAGUCAAAUCCACUCGCUUUGGUCUGGUCUGGCUGUCACAGUCCGUGUGAAUCUCAGAUGGAGGCAGAGUGAUGAUCUGCUGCUCACCGUGUAACUCCAACAAAGACACGACAGGCUCCGUGUCACAGAAGGCAAAGUGAAGUUAAAGGGAUAUUCUGGUGCAAAAUCAAGUUAGGCUCAAACCCACUGUAACACCGAGUUAGACCCCCCCUCCAGAGAUGAAUGUUGACAACCACUUGCUUCUCCAGUUACACCAACUUUAGUGACGACCGGGGAUGGAAAUUCACAGGAGUUUAUUUAAAGGUGUGGAAAUCUCCUGUCCGCCUCUCCAGCCAAGACUAAAGGACUUAUCAAAAACCUGAAGCUCAUGAAAUCUGAAGUAAAGGGAGAUUGUUUAACAAGUUUGAGAGGAAGUUCAAGGUUAGACACACUCAGAGGUUUUUAAGUGACAUGCUGCUGUAAGCACUUUUAGAAAUUUAAGGACUAAACUUAGAGACGUGUAAACUUUAAGAUCAUGCAGGAACACAAGAAAGCAGCGUUUUCUGCAGGGUCUGACUUUGAAAAACUGUGGCCGGCCCUCUGCAGCGCUCCUGCAGACGCUAAAACAAAUGUUAUCAAGCAAAGACUAAUAGAUGGCUGGAGCCUACGCGGGGGCACGGCGGUGCUGCUGCCUGACGCCGCCUGACGCCGCCUUCGCCCAGGGGGGAUCGGGGCCCAGUGAAUCAGGUAAAUGCGCCUCUUGAACUCUCAUGAGCGCUCGCCUUUUGUUCUUCCUGUGGCGGCAGAACAAUGGAGCUGUCUGGGUGAUGGAAUAAGCCUGCCUGGUCAAUCCCCCUGGCCAGAACACCGGCCCCGCAGAGGAAAACCUCAGCCUGGAUGAGGGGAGGACCGGUUAGAGACUUGACAGGCUGACUGGCUGAGUAACUUCCCCCCAAGUCCAACGUGUUCAGACUGGACAGGACACUGAACUCUGCAGAACCAGUCUCUAUUUUUGUAAAGGUGAACAAAAUCGGUGGUUCUGCUGCGACAGGAAGCUCACGCAGCUCAUCCUCUGCAGCUCUGGAACUGAAACGUCUUGUACCAUCACACCUGAUAUGAGACAAACUUCACUUUUUAAUACUCUGCCUCUGUGAAUCAGAUAUUUUUCUCCUUUAAAAUCAUUUUUAUUCAUGUUGAAAAAAUAAAAAACUAAACGUUGGUCUGCUUUACGACGAUUUACUUUGGAAACUUCUCGGACUGAAGUAUUUUCCACUCUCGCUCUGUGACCUGUACUUAAGCGCAGGAUUUAAAGACUUCUUCCUCUCAACGUUACGCCUUGGUGACCCAGAUUUAGCUGCUCUUUGUCUCCCACCUUCUCCUCCCCCCUGACCCCCUCUUAUAAUUCACCCCCAACUGUUAUGAAUGGUGCAUUAACUCAAGUCGCUCUUUGAAUGGGGCCCUUUAGCUCCCUCCCUCACACACACACACACACACACACACACACACACACACACACACACACACACACUCUCACAUAUAUACCAUAUAUACUGGCUCUACUCAGCCUACACAGUGUAUGGAGUCAGACAGAGGGUAAUUAUACCAAAUUACAAAGGAGAAUGUCUGGGAGCGAGAGGGCCGGCCGAGCAGAAAUGAAGCAAAGAGGUUUUCUAGACGAACAGAGGAACUUUUAAAAACAGUUUGAUGAUAGAAAUACAGACGUAAAAGAGACAGAGACAACAAAAUAUAGAAAUAUAAACACAGAUGAGAAGAAGAGAGCUUGGAUUAGAAGAUUCAAAGUAAACGAAAACGUCAAAUAUGAGGAAACUGCAGCAUCUCUAAAGGCAGUUAGAAACAGAUGUAAUGAGGAUAAAAAAACAGGAGAUGGACCAUCAUGAGCUUUACUCAGGGACACCGUUUCUGCUUCUGCUGAGUGACUUUAGGAGGUCAGGUGUGGAGACUUUAUCACGGGGUUUGAGAUCAUUCACACUCACGAGCCCGAGGCCUUUUACGGCUCGAACACCAGACAGUCACCAUCCAGACACUCGAGCUAAGAUCAUCACAAGGAUGUUUGGUCCAUCAAAAAGUCAAAAACAAGAAGAAAUGUGUCUCUCCGGAUAAGUUGGGAAAUGCUGCUGAAAGUAUAACUGUAAAGUUUCAGGGUCCACAGUUCUUUAUCUGAAUGUUGACCUUGAUUUUAGAUUUGUACGUACGAGGGGAGUCUAUCUCUCUGCACGACCAAACUCAGUUAGAGUAGAAAUUAGUUCAACUGAUGAUUGUGCAAACUUUCACACACUUAAGAGCAGGGAGAGGAGGAGAAAAGGAGGAGAAAAGGAGGAGGAGAAACAUCCACCCUUUGUUAAGAAAUCACAUCGAAAGGUCCAGAGUGAUCGCUGAAAAGACCGGCGCUAGAAUCCGGCGCUGCGGUGAGUUUAAACGCCGCUAAAGUCGAGCGGGGGCUGAAGGGAUCCAGCCUCGUCCCUCCAGGCCUCGGUGGCAUGGUCCAGGCUGAAAAUGAAGUAAAGGGAGCUAUUUCUGUGCGUGUUCGGGGACCGGGUCUGUCCGUCAGCCUGUCAGCGUGCAGAGUGAGAGGAAUGGACCUGGAAUGCUGACUCACUCAGGUCUCGGGCCCCCAGGAGCCCAAAGAGGCCCUGUUAUCCCCUCCCGACGCUCGGCCCAGAGCAGAUAAUGAUCCAUGGCCCUGACCCCUUCGCUCUGAAAUCCCAGGUCACCCUAAGAGAUUCCCACUAGAGAGGGACAGUGUGUGUGUGAGUGUGUGUGUGUGUAAGAGAUCGUGUGUGUGAGUCUAGAAGAAUUUUAAUGCAAUCCAGAGAUCAGCUGGCUCACCUCCUCCUCCUCCUCCUCCUCCUCCUCCUCCUCUCCGUCUUUUCUCCCUCUUGCUUCUCCUGGAGACACACCAGGUUGCAAUUAACGGGACGUGAAAACUGUACCAGGGGCGUGCGAGGUAGACGGUGAUGAGGAAAAUGGAGAGAGAAAGAGAGAGAGAGAGAGAGGAGAGUUAGGCAAUGCCCCGGUGGAGCUUUUCCAAAAUAAAGAAGUGAAAAAAAGAAAGUUAACUGGAAACAUAACUCCAUAAAGUCUUUAAAGGCUUCGUUUAUGUGCUGGUAAAAUAAAGACACGACAUCUUCUGCACUGGGCUGGUGUUAUCACAAACAGCUAAUUAGUUCUCAUGUUUUGGAUAAACUUCCAGGAUCUGAGAGGAACCCAGAGGAGGAAAACAGGACUUUAAUGAAAAAUAAAAGGGGCCAUUAAAAGGAUGCACGCUGAAACACACAAAGCUUGUAAAAACAGAGGGAUAUUAAACGUAGACAUGUUAAAUUGGAAGCAGAAAUUCACCUUUAGAGCAGGAUAAAAGCGGGUUUUAUUGGUAUAAAGUCCUUUUAGCGGAGCGUCUGAGUGUAAGAGGGUUUUUCUUCAAUCUAAAAAAUUGUUUCUUUACUCACAUUUGUUGUUUUUCAAAGUCAAACAUGCAGCCAGGAAAGCCGUCAAGAAGACAAAUUCAAAUUAUUCAGGAAACUAAGAGUCUGAUCGCGACAAAUUAAAUCAAACUAAUCAUCUUUGAAACUUUUGAACCUUUCAGUGUGGAGUUCAAAGAGAGCAUCAUGUGCAUCAUGGGAAAUGUAGGACUCGGUGUUUUUAGAGACUGAAGUGUCUCAGCCUCUCCUCACCUGACAUGUCCGUCUCUGUAUGAUCUCUCACCUGCUCGCUCCGGUGAUGGAGGGUGAAGAGCGCUGCGUCUUUUCUCUUCAGCUCUAGAAACAAAAAGCAAACACAGACGGUCACUAAACUGUAAAAUAACAACCAGAAGAAGUCACAUGACGGACGAGAACAGCUCCCCCCCCCGGCGUGUUGACUGUAGACACGGGAGUGUUAGUCAGUUAAGAGGUUUAGCUGUUCUGUUUGCAGCUCCAGAGGAGACUCAUGCUGUUUGGACGGGCAGAAGAAAGCUUUUCCCAGAGCUGUCAGGCCCGGUUUGAGUCGGGGCUGCAGCUUCCCUCCACACAGUCCAUCAUCCCGUCUAGUUCAAAGAGCGUCUAGCUGCAGGUCUUUGUCAAAAGCCCGGUUGGAUAUCUUUUAUGUUCAAGAUGUAGGAUUUCUUCGGAGGACUUUGAUUAUUUAUUUAUUCCACUUCUCUUGUGUGAUAGUGCCAAUAUUUUACACGAAAGUGCUCAGCGUGCUCUGAAAUUCAUGUUGCUUUAUUGUAGCUCUUUUGCCUUUGAAAUCUCUCUUUUUUUGAACUCUCUCUCUCUCUUCCUCGUCUAACUCUCUCUUCUUCUUCUUCUUCUUGCUCUUGCAGCCCCCCACCACAUCUUUCCCACCUUCCACACACCAAUCCCGAUUGACAUGCGCCAUCACGAAGGGCGAUACCACUAUGAGCCCCACGCGCUGCACGCCAUGCACGGGUAAGUGUCCUGAUUUUUCUCGUUGGUGAUGUUUAUGGAGGAUGAUUUCUGAUGCAGGUUAAAGCCAUCAUCUCGACUUCACAUGCUGUUACUACUGUACAGCACCAGCCUGUUUUCCUCUCCAACUCUGGAGGAUUCGCUUUAGAGUGCAUGUUAGCGGGCGCUGAUGAGAGCUGAGCGCUCGCCAAGUUCAAUAUCAAAAGCAGAUGACAACAUGCUGACUUCCAAAGUGAAUAAUCAAUGCUAGUUCUAAAUUUCCCCUCUGCAGCCCUUGUUUCCAGUACAGUUUGAUUAUGUGGGCAGGCUUCGCUUUUUUCAGCUCCAGCCGUCUGGGGAUCAAACACGCCGAUGGUUUCAGAAGUCGACUCGCCGUCUGACGUUACUGCGAUCCAAAAAUCUCUGCAGAAAAGCGAAAAAGUGAGAGAUUUGAAAAGCUGCUUCGGAUGAAUUUGAGGUUUCGGUUUGUGUGUUUGGUUGAUUUGUUGCAGGUAAACUUGCAGAGAGCUGAUUGGACGUGGAGGAUGAUUUCAAGUUGUUGUGAAUUGAAAGUUUGGUGAAUGUACUUCGUUACAUUUCCUAAUAAAUAAAAAGGUAAAACAGAAAUAAAUCUCUGUCAGCUCGCUCCAUUAGCGGCGAUCAGCAGGGCCGGAUCCAUCACUGAUGACAUAAUACAUCCAACCUGCAUCCAAACCUCUUUAUAUUCAUUAAUGGCUUGUAGUGCAGCUAAUCUGUGAGGUGCAGGCCGUGUUGGCCUGGAGCGAACGCCGUAAUUAAACUCUCAGAGUGUAGAGGUCACAGAACAGCAGUGCUGGUGGUGGUGGUGGCGAGCUGCAGACACACACACACACACACACACACACACACACACACACACACACACACACACACACACACGGCCUGUGCUGUGGGGCUCAAUAACAGAUGCUUUCCCAUUUAUUUUCCUGAGGGGAACUCAGCUCAAAGGGAAAAUAGAGUGUUUAAUAAAAAAAAAUACUGUGUGCAAAAUUCAGCUUUACACAUUUGUCACCAGAACCAGCAGAAGAUCACUUUUUUUAUCAACGAUUUUACUCUCAGAAGAUAAAAAUCUGAAAAUCGGUGUUGAAAUCUUUGGUUCAGGUUUGACGCUGUUUUAGAAAUAUGAGGGUCACAACUCUAACAGAAAUGACUUUGGAUACAAACUGAGAAACAAUGAUUUUAUGAAUCAAUGUUCUGAGUCAUCCUCUGUAAGACGCAGUGCGCUCUGUCCAGCUGGUAAAUCAUCACAGGAGACUUUGAUAAGCCGAGACGCUCUGAGACGGAGCAGCCGGCUCCUUCCUGCAGAAGUUCAAAGUUACUUUAUCACAGAGGAAGAAAAACUGGCAGAGCACGGGACAAAAAAGUCAAUAGAAUUCUCCAAAUAGUACUCUUACAUUUAAAUUCACAGAUUUGAUGGUGAUGCAUACUUCACGCCUGGCGGGAGCAGGGCUAUUCAUCACAGCGGCUGGGAGAGUGGAGUGUGGGGGGAGGGGGAGGGGGAGCGGCUGUCCGUGGACUCGGCCACCUUGAUUAAUGUGAUUUGAUCUUGACAGUGGACCCCUAAUUCAUCAAGACCUUGAUCUAGCUGUCGCUCCCCCCUGCCUGUGCCAAAUUCACCUAAUUACAGGAACAUUGCGCAGCAAAUUAAGUGCGGUGUCAUUUGUCGCCUGGUGCGGCACUUUGUUAUCCGGUGGUGGCAGCGUGUCAGAGGUCCCCUCCCUGAUUGUCUAACAUGACAUCUCUGCGCUGAGCUCUUUAUCAUUGUUUGCAUAUAGCGUAAUGAGAGGCCUGGUUAUUUUGUCAAGCCUGUCAUAAAAAGCAGCCGUGGAGAAGCUGAUUUCCCUCCUCUGGAUAGUGAGGGUGUGUGUUUUUUUCCUUCCUGGCUGUGCCGUCAGACGACAGUGAUGAGAGGAAGAGGGGGUACUCUUCCUCCUCUGUGACCGUGCCUCUGUGGACAGAAUGAGGCUGGAAACCAACAGUCCAGAUCUGUGAGGAGAGUUCAGAGAGAGCUCGUAGAUCUGUGGAUGUAAAAGACUAAUGAGGAGGAGAGCCCUCAGAUACUCUCAGCACUUUGCCUCUAAAUCGGCCUCCAGCCGAGUUUUGGACUCAUUUGAAAAUUUGGACCCCUGACUUUUCAUUUCAGCUUUGUAAACACGACCUUGUCUCAUCUUUGGGUGUAAGACGCUGACUCUAGAAAACUGUUGUAACUGUAGAAACUGUUCACCGUUGACUGUGUUCAUUCAUUUCUUUCAAUUCUUCUUCUUUCACGCCCUCACACCGUCGUAGUAAAACAAUGAGCAUGUCCCAAAGCGAGGACAUGUUCUCAAAGUCAAACUGGGGUCUGAUGGACUCAGUUUGGAAAUGUUGUGUCUUUGGUUGAAAUAUAAAGUUUGGAUAAAGUUGUUGUGAGUUUUUUCUUGUAUGGACUUUACGUCACGAGGCACAAAGCCUGUGUUGAGAAGGUUCUUGGGGGCUGCAUAAAUGACACUUUGGGUCACAUGGAGUCUUCAUCAGAGCCCUAAAGUUUGUUAAAUUCAGAUGUUAAAAGUAGAGAUGCACUGAUACGAUAUCUGGAUCGGACAUCUGAUGAAUGACACCGAUCAAGUCUUUUAAUUAACUUUUCUUUUAAUACAUGAAAGUCUCACUUCUUUAACUGUGUGCCAGUGUGUAAUUUGUUAUUUGUCACUUAAUCAUAUCAAGUAAAUUUAUAUCUGUGUUAUUUUGUUACCUUUUUUUAAACAAGGCUAAUGUCAAGCCUGAUGUCUUCAAGUUAAACAGUUCUUUCAUUCAGCAGUAGUAUUGGAUCGGUAUGGAUAUCGGCCGAUACUUCCGUCUUUAAGCGGGAUACACACAUAAGGAUCUUUUAAAUCUGAGUAGAUUAGAAUCUAGUCCUCCAAGACAGAAAUCUUGCGUGAUAAAAUGUGAUCUAACAAAAACGAAGAAGAAGAAACAUAGCAACAACUGGGAAAAACACGACACAACAUGGAAGAGGACACACAAGAGGAGGGAAUGGUGGUGCUUUUUGGAGUAUUAUGACGGAAAAAUCCCGUUCUCACGUAGGCCACGCUUUAUUUUUAUUCGCUUUAUUUGGUUCCUUGUUCCUCAGUCAGCUCGCCUCUCGAUUGGCUACAUUCAUGACUCAGGAGUCAUCGGCUUUCCCCACACACAUGAAGUUUAAUAUUUAUGAUUGUCGGCCCCGGACCCAAUUAUGGGGACAAAUUCACUCUUAAUCCACCUCGAACCUCAGGAUAAUCUUAUAGGAUAAUCUUAGAAGACAUAAGAUAAUCUUCUGAUUGUCGUCCUUGGUCGGUAGGGGGAGAAUCGGGACAAAAACAGCCUGAUUAUCUUUAAGUUUGUACCCCGCUUUAGUUAAAAGAUUCAGGCUCAACUGAGAGGCUGCAGAGAGAGAGACAGAAAACAAUAUUUCUUUAAUUCUCUGAUGUCAGGAUUUUGGAUCUCUGACUCAGUUUGGAGGGACUUUUAGUUUCUCCAGCAUCACUGCUUUUGUAUUUGACUGUAAAUAUUUUGCAAAGACACCGACUACAUGAGAUCAAACUUCAGGCUGAGACAGGAUUGUGAUUUACAGCAUCGUCCUGAUCUGUUUGUUUGUAUCUAGGUCAUUUCUUCCACUGCAUAAGGAGGAGGAAGGUGUUCAGAGUAUUUGGGGUAUUCAGGUGGGGGUUUAGGAUGGGGGGAGGGGGGGUGCCUGUUAAGUUUGAGGUGUCCGCUUCACACGGCAGACUCAUAAACCUACAGUGGGAGUUUAUUCAGCCCCACACCGGACAGCGUGAUUUAUCUAAAUCAGAAAGCUCCCCGAGCCCAACACAGGAGACGAGACUCACUGUCACACUGUAAUUCAUCUCUGGUGUUGCCGCACAAACACACACACACGCUGGUUUAUACACACAUACAAACAAGAGAACAAAAAGACAGAAACAUUUGUACAGGAGGUAAAAGAGAAGAGGAAUCACCUUUUUCUGACCAAACCAUCAUAAUUAUCAUCUUCAGUCGUUUUUUCAGCCUCCUAAAACUUCUCAAACUGAGACAAAAUGAUCGGUAUGAAGUCGAGUUAAAUGAAUAUGAAACGACUGAUUACUUCCAGCUGACAGAAGCUCAUAUUAUUUAUUACAUUUUAUGGCUUUUAAAGCAAUUUUCAAAUCAAGUCAUGGAAAAAACACCUUCCAUUACCACAACAGCAACAUCACAAUUUAAUCCACGUUAAAGGUCUGUGACUAAAGUGAGUAUGUGUUUUAACAUAACUGUGAAGUCCUGCACCUCAUUACUGCUUUAAUAUCAUGUCAGCAGCUGCUACAGUGUGUGCCGUUAAAACAAAUGUAAACAGCAGUAAAACAGAGAAUAAAGUCAUGUCUGCCUGGAGGUGUGAGAGGUGACACGCAUGAUUCACUUCCUCGAAAUCUCACCAGUAACUAUGUGUUUGAGACGUUUCAGCUGUUCCACAUCUGCCAGGUGUGUUUCAGCGAGGCAGAGGUGAGAGAACAUUUGCAUAUUAGAACAGAGGGGGGAGUUGGUGGUGGGGAGAGCAGGGAGGGAAAGCAGCAACUCCUGUGAGCUCUAUGAGGUGUGUUAUUCUUCUUCUGUUAAAAGGUGGAGCGUAGGGCUGGGCGAUAAAACGAGAACGAUGUAUAUCAAAAAUUAAUUUCCCUCAAUAUUAAAAUAAAACAUGGUCAAUAUUCUUUUAUAGUUUAUAUAUAUUCUUAUAAAGUCGGCAUUCUGCCAUGUUUUGGUAGACUAUACGAAUAGCUGAUGAAAAGGGGAGUUGCUCCAGGACGACUUUGCGCUGAAACCAAUCAUGUGCUGAAUUAGAACCAAGUAGCGAACAAUUGCAUCAUAGCAGACAGCAGCUACACCCAACCAUAGCGCUUUAACAGGUGAAGCCGACAGCACUGUUGGUGAGAAACAAAGAAAAUGAGUGCUAAUGACGACAUCGUCGAUAACACUGGCAUGAAAACGUCGGUGGAGUGGAGGUAUUUUGGUUUUUUGAGGUCAGACAUGAAGCAGAGUAAUGUGUACUGUAAAUUAUGUUGAGUACAUGUUCUAACAAAGUCGGGGAAUACCUCAAAUCUUUUUCACCACCCAAAGCAGCGCCACACUGCAGAGAACACACAACGCAAAAGGUUACAAAGCCCGAGCGGAGCAAGGAACCCACAGCCGACCACUCAGUCCGCUUUAUGACCAAACAUCGAAGAGACACAUAGCUUACUCUAUUGCAAAAGACAUGCGACCAAUAACCACUGUUAAAUUUCAUUUUUUAUAUUGUGAUAUAUUUCGAUAUCGACUGAUAUGAAAAAAAUAUAUCGUGAUAAACCUUUUCCCACAUCGCCCAGCUCUAGUAGAGCGUCGUGUUUACAGACAGUGAUGUUUCAGACUGAAGAGGUUAUCCUCCUCCUCUUCCAUAAAAAGGUCUUCCUCUCUGUCAUGUUGUCAGACACUCAGCACCACAAUCUGAUCUUGUCUUUGGAAAGAUAAAGACUUUUUAAUGAUGACUUUGAUGACUUUUGUUCUCAACGUCGAUUAAUCCUAAAAUAUUGGAAGACAAAGUUGUAUGAUCACAGCCGUCAGCCUCUCUCUUGAUGUUCUUCCCCACUUUCCUUUCUCUGUCCACUGUCCCGGCGUUAAAAUCAGAAAUAGCCCACCACCUCUCUCGGUCUUUGCCUGCUGCCUGCCUGGCGCCAAAAAAGGUCACGCUCCAGAGGCCGAGCAUUGUGUUGGCCCAGACGCUCAGAAACUCACCCACAGCACCGUGCCCGUGUGAAUACAUGAACAUGACAUGAUAACUGAGAGUGCCCUCUCUUAUUCUCACACCUCUGAUGAUCCGGGCUGGGAUUGUUGGAGGAGCUUGUUAUCAGUAAACAAACCCCGUUCGACUGGAUUCAAAGACGGACAGAACUCACCUGCUGGCUGUUACAUGAUGAGAGCGUGAAUUAUUCAAACGGACUGUGGGGAUGAUUAUGUUUUUAGGUGGAGAGUUAGAUCUUUGUCUUCUGCGCGGAGAAAGAGAAAGAGCAAAACACUGCUCAGCCGUGAUGCAACACAACAAUCUGAGGCGUAAUGAAGCCUUUGUAGGGUGAUGGACAAAGAUGGGUGUAUUUUUAAUAAGGUGGUAUAAAGAGAAUGGAGUGAUCUGAGGAAUGCCGAGGAGUCAGACAAACAUCAGGUGAUUUAACAACCAUCAUCUGGGUGCAGGAAAACUCUGAAGUGCUUGCCAGAAAUCCCAGUUUGGUCGUAUCGGAGCGGUUUUCGUGACACUUUCACAUUCUUCAAUCAGGCUCUCAGAUUUUCCUCUCUCAGGAUGAGCUAACGCUGAUAAACGACACCAACAAGUUCCCUGCGGGUGAAAGCGUCACCUCGCAGCACUUCCUCCCUCCCUCCCCCUCUGUUUGUCUCCGUGACCCUGAACUCACCCCUCUCCUCCGACUCUCAGAUCUAAAGCUCGAUUCAGACGUGAUCUCACUCCUGAACCGGUCUGUGUCACCGGCUCAGGAUCAGGUUUUCAGGUGGAUUACUGAAGACGAUCGCGAAGACGCUGCAGGUGGUUGUGUCAGAGCAGGGACUUUGUGCUUCAUACGCUCAGAAGGUCCAGAUUAAGGAUCGGACUAAAAGUGUUUUUUUGAUGUACUUUAUCACUUCCUUUGUGCCGUCCAGCUCCACUACAAAUACUAACUACACUGUUUAUCCUCUUUCCUCACUUUCACAUACAUCAUCCUGCGGCCCAAAAGACUCUCUAGAGCCCGAAAUGUGGGUUCAUCCACAGCCAAAAAUAGUCCCCCGAUAAAAAGGCGAUGUUUCUUCCUGUUUGUGUUAUAAAAACUUUUUUUUUGUUGGUAGAAAAACUCAAUCCUUCUCUUUUUUUCUCUCGCAGCCCUGCAGGUUUGACCGGCAGCCCCGUCAUCUCUGAUAUCUCCCUGAUCCGCCUCUCGCCUGCCGCCGUGGCGACCGGGGACUCUCCCUUCAGCCCUCCUCACCCCUACGUCAACCCUCACAUGGAGCACUACCUGCGCUCGGUCCACGGCAGCCCCACCCUGUCCAUGAUCUCAGCCGCCAGAGGACUCAGCCCCGCUGACCGUAAGUUCGCUCAGCAGACAGACGCGACACAGCUUUAGUUUGACCUGGCGGUGGUUUCAUGGAAUUGGAACGCCGCCAUCUUUAGGGUCACAGAAAGUUAGGGUUUUGGGUUCAAGUUAAACACACCUCAGUGGAGGUUAAGGGUGGGAAUUGAGAACCGGUUCUUGUUGAGAACCGGUUCCAAAUGGUUCAAUCCAUCGAAAUUGUUUGCCUUGAAAAACGGUCGCCUGAGAGCCAGUCUACACGAACGGGAACCGAGACUUUGAGGAAAAAAUGAGGCGGAGGGUACGAAAAGGAAGCAGAAACAAAGAAAUCAAAAAAAGGUGUUCAAGUAUCUCAGGAUCUUGUUCACGACUGAGGGUAGGAUGGAACGGGAGAUCGACAGGCGGAUCGGAGCGGCGUCAACAGUGAUGCAGACGCUACACCGAUCUAUCAUGGUGAAGAAAGAGCUGAGCCAUAAGGCGAGACUCUUGAUUUACCGGUCGAUCAACGUGCCGAUCCUCACCUAUGGUCAUGAACUUUGAGUGAUGACCAUAGGUGAGGACAAGAACGCGGAUACAAGCGGCCGAAAUGGGUUUACUCCGCAAGGUAAGGAGCUCGGACACUCGGGAGGCGCUCAGAGGAAAACCCGCUGCUCCUCCACGUCCAGAGGAGUCAGCUGAGGUGGCUCGGGCAUCUGGUUAAGACCCCUUCUGGACGCCUCCCGUUAGAGCUGUUCCAGACAUGUCCCAUCGGGAGGAGACCUCGUGGUCAGCCCAGGACCAGGUGGAGGGAUUAUAUCUCUCGCCUGGCCUGGGAGCGCCUGGGAAUCCCCCCAGAGGAGCAGGUGGAAGUGGCCGGGGUGAGGGCCGUCUGGGUAACGAUGACGAAGACGACAAAGAAAGGCAUUGAUAAGAGAAUUGUUAAAGGAUUGAAUCGAUAAUGGCAUCGAUAUCGAUUCAAAUCUAUCAAUUCCCAUCCCUAGUGGAGAUGCUUCUAGUUUGUGGACGAGCGAUGAAAAAAAGGCCCCCAGCUGUUCUGUUUCCCUUUUUAGUCUUUUCUUUUUCCUUUCUGAUGAUUCCUUUCUAAGUUACCUUUCUUUUCCACCUGUUUCUCUCUCUGCCUGAUACUCUGACCUCCUCUCAAACAAAGAUCCUCUGCAGGGAGCAGAAUGAACACUUUAACAUGAAUCCUUUUUUUCAGCGGGGGGAAACCUUGACCUGUGCUCCCAGGUGCUUUGAUACAUACAGAGAGGAAAAAUCUGUGGAGGUCGAUGAAAAGAAAAAUCUCGUCCUUGCAAAUACUUAUCCAGCCCCCAAAAUUCAGCGGGACGCGAUGACAACCCUUUCCUCGGAGCUGAAUUACAAUAACAGAUUGGAGCGGGGCGGCGGGGGGAAUAUAAAUCUUCUUUUACAGUCUGUCAGUAGUAAUGUGGCAAUGCUUUUAAAGUUAAAUAAGCGGCCGCGCCUGAGAUCUGGCCGUGAUAACGCUGAGCAAGAGGAGAAAGUACAGGGGACUGUUUGCGAAGGAGGGAAUGCAAAUGGCUUGUUGAGAGACGAGGCCUUGGGUUUGGGGACGGAGGCUUUUAUGUUCUCCAGGUGACCUUUCUUUUCCUCGCAGACAUCUGACAUGGAAGUUAAAUGAGGGAGAACUUCCUGUCAUCAGCUGGACGCUCUGUUUGAUGGUGUCUUUGUACGUUUUUUUUAACCCUAACCUUGGCACUUUCUCUUCUGCUCAUGUCAUAUUUUCCCAAAGAGCUCCAUUUGAAGAUCUUCUGCUUUUCCUCAAAGGCUGAAAUAUGAUUCUGGAAGAGCAGCGAUGAAGUCAGCCUGAGCGGGACGUCUGCUCUGUAUUUGGUCCAGGCCUGUAACGGGGUCUGAAGGAUCACUUUGGAGAAGAGAGUGCAGAAGGUGGAUCAACAAGCAGGGUGUGUUUGGUUUGAAGGCCGCCAUCUUUGAGAAGACAGAGGAGACGUCAAAUGACUUCGUAUCAAACUCUCAUGAGCUCUGACGGUUGAAUGUCAACAGAUGAACAAAAUCGAGAGAUGAAGCGAUUUUCUAACUCUUGUUUUCUCGCUGCAAAAGUUUCCCUCUGACUGUGAAAGUGGGGUCUAAGAGGGGGUGGGGUAGGAGCACCUACACGGGCCGUUGCACAUCAUCGACCCCGCCUCCCUGGCCCCUCAGUCCAUUCAGAGAUCUCCUCAGCGUGAGGCGGGACAGACCAGGAAUUCACCCUUUUCUCACCCUCCCCUCUCCCCCGUCUCUCUCCCCUCCACAGUGACCCAUGAGCACUUAAAGGAGCGGGGUCUCUUCGGGCUUCCUCCUCCUCCUCCCGGGGCGAGUCCUGCAGAGUAUUACCACCUGAUGGCCAGCCACCGGAGCCCCUACAGCGAGCUGCUCAUGCAGGGGGCCGGGGCCGCUGCUGGGGCCCACCUGUCCGACUACAUCACCCCGAUUGACGGUGAGUAACAAACAGGCAAACAGCUGCGAGAUCACAUGAGAGUCCGAGCGGGUAAGAUAUUUAGAGGUGAGGGUCUGUUUUUACAACUUAAUGUGGAUUUUUUGAGCUUUUAUUCACAGAAAACAAAGAAAAACUUCACAUCCAGAUCAUGUUCUGGUGUUUUAAACUUUAGACUCGUUGUUAGAGGCGAGUGGCACUGUCCGCUCUGUCCGGCGAGCGGCUUUGACACUGAUUAAGCUGAAUGAAAUUCCUAUCAGGCCGUGGAGCUCAGGUGGAUGAUGAAACAAAGAUCACAGGAGAGCGUAUAAAUAAGAAAAGGGGCUCGUAUACAUUUUUCAUGUCAGACGACUUCAAACGGCGGACGGGCCUUCAGGUAUCGGCCGAGCGCUGCUCAGUGUUUCUCCCGCUGCUGAUCCUGAGCCAGCACUUUUCCAUAAACACCGAGGACUUAUUGUGCUGCGGUGACAUUUCACUUGUUAGCCAUAGCCGACGUGUUAGGUCACAGCGGCAGGUAUAUUUAAAGUUAUAAACGCUUACUUUGAUCUGGCGCCUCGCUCUGCACCUUAAAAGGGGAGGCAUGUCUGCGGGGAGACGGAUGGUGGAGGGGAAGUCCUGAUGAUGAACACCAGAGAGUCUAACGUCAUCCUCCUGAGUCUGUGUGAUGAUGAUACUCACCAACUACACCUCUGAUACUUUUACUUCCUGUCCAAGUUUACAAUAAAGUCAAAUGUUUAUGAGAAGAUUCAGGGAAUUUCCACAGACUGAAUCUCGAAGCUGUGAGAGGACUUUUGCAGGCGAGCUCAGUUUCAGUCGUCGGAUACAGAAACUGUUGAGCAGCUAAACAUUAAAAAAGGAGAAAAACAAAAAGAAGUCACUAUUUGUCCAACUUUUUGGGUGAAUCACGCCCCAAACGUUCAAGUCCUGACACUCAGAUCUCAGCGGCUGAGCAGGAAGUCAGUCCGGGUCAAACCCUUCCCUGCAGGUUCAGCACACAGAGCUCAGGCUUGUGAAUGAGCCGCUGUGUUUUGGUGUCGGAGGCCAAACUUCGCUGCUGAGAGCGCCGGCAGGCUGCCAGCGGAGUGAAGCCGUCCAGCCGGCCGCACUAAAGCUGUCAUAACUUAGUCUCCAGCCGCCCUGAACGCUGUGCAGACGCCGCGGCCAAAACAAACGGAAAGCACGUUCGGUCUCCGUCUCGCCAAAAUGUCAUUGUUAAGUUAUUCACUGAAACUGUUGGAUGGAGCUGUGAGAAGAAAAAUCACUCUACCUGCCAAGUGCGGUGUGUGUUUGGCUAUUUGACACUGUCAGACAAACGGAGAACAUUUCUCUGCUCCACACAUUCACAGAAGAAGAGUUACAUCUGCUUUAGGCUGCACGUACAGAAGAAGAGGAUACUUCACCUCCAUGUGGAAAUAAAGUUUAGGUUUAGUUUUUGUCAGAGAGCCGUUAUGACCUGCAAAGAUUGAUCUCUAAUUAUAAUCCGAGCCUCUGUGUGAUAAAUGCAAAAACCGAUUUCAUUCUCGAGCAUCUUUCCUUCGAGCAACAAGACGAGAAACAAUUUCUUUCCUCUAUUCCCAAAUGUUUCUCAUCGUCGUUUGAACCUGCAACCUCCUGGUUCCACACAGUUCAGUUCAGCCUCACACACACACAAACACACACACACACACACACACACACACACACACACACACACACACACACACACACACACACACACACACACACACACAAACACACACACUCACUCUUCUCAUGGCGGCUGCUGAUAUAAAUCACAAUGGAGGGGGGUGGUAAGGUGGCGAGCUGGACGAGCGGGGCUUUUCCAUUGGUCCAUUUAUCAGGGGAAGUGGCACAUUAAUAAACACAUCUCCCCAGAGGUGGGAGGAAGUAACAGAGAUGAAUACGGCUUUACCGACCUGCUGCCAUCACCGAUAACGAAAAAAAACAUUAAAAAAACACACAUGAUCCUCCACACCUGCCCCCGUCCUCUUCUGUCCUCCUCUUCCUCAUCAACCUGAGCUCAACUUAAGAUCUUUAAGAGUCCAAACGAGCAGCUCAGACCCCCCGACGCACUCCCCAAACAUUAAUGUCUCUGCUAAUAAAGCCCCUCGAGAAACCAGCAUGAUGUUUCUCUCCUCUAGAUUUUUGAUAUCAUCAUUCAAACUCCACAGAUCCUCCUCCUCCUCCUCCUCAGAGUCUCAAAGCAGCAGUUUCUAAACAGCGAACAUAUGUUAGAGAUUUGUACACACUUAGAAACAACCUUCCAGCUCUUUGAGUCAUUAAGGACGGAGCAGAUCCAGCAAAUGAUGGAGAGAAAAUAAUCAUCAUGGAGCUCCGAGCUUCUGCUGCUUCUCUCCGCUUAAGAUCAUUAUAAACUUCAUAUUUCAGACAUUUGUCACAUUUGCCUCCAAUUAUCUGUGUUUUUUUUAAAGCUAAUUUACCUCUAGACUCUGUGUUUAACACCGAGUUGAAAUUCCACGCUUGUAUCUGCAUUUACAUUUCAGAGCUGGGAUCGAUCGCAUCGCUCUGCAUACAUUUCCUAACAGUUGAGAUCAAUUCUCAGUAAAUUGCCCUCAUUUAACAUCGCGAGCUACAACCCGGGCUGUGCGAUGUUUAUCUGAAGUGAUUACAGGGAAUUAUUGUGCAAAGAUUGAUUAGUUAUGUCUGAAUGUUAAUGAGGUCGCCACACGUGGGCAGAUAUCAGAGCGGCGGAACAAAAACUGGAGAACAAAAUCAUAAACAACAAGUCAAAACAUGGAUCAGACGGAGAGAUGGAGAAUCAUCCUUGAAUCAGAGAUGAUUCUUUUGUCCUCUUUUAAAUUUAUUUGGCUGCUUAAUUCGCUCAAGUUUGUGAAGAUAAAAACCAAAGAGAAGUCUGUAUGAGACUUUAGUAUUCAAAUUAGUUUGGUUUGAACCUGUUUGUCACCUUUUCAAAGGGGUUCAUGACGUCUCAGAGGAACCCUCUCACUAUCACCCGUCGAAAGAACCACUCGAUUCAACACGACAUGAAACGAUACGAUAUGUUGGAGUUCAUACUAAAGGGUUUAAGUGCAGGGAGAUAGGAUUUUGUCAUUCUGAAGUUGUCUUGGACUCGAACACGAUGGACACACCAAACUUCCUUUAGAUCAGAAUUCAACGAUCAAACUAUCUGAGAGACGGUUCACUUCUGAUUUAUCCUCCUGUGAGUGAGGAGGAACCAAGAACCUCCUCCUGCUCAAAUCUGUGUCACUGGGACAAAUUUCAACCAGUUUGAAACCUUUUUUGGUCGAUUUGACGCUCUCCUCUGCCGGCUGCAGUUUGCAUCACUGUAAACAGAUUGUUCGCUGUUUAAGCCGAGCCUCGACCACAGCACUUAUUGAUAGGGCUGUUCUGUGUCUGUGGGGUUUGAGUGUCACCGUGAGGAAACAUCAGCAUCCAUCACACCUCCUCACAGCUCCGGCGCCUCCAUCCUCAAAUAAGACGAGUGGCAGCAGCCGUAGAGAGGAGCGAGGUGAAGAUUUGAGAAAUCAUUUGUCUGGAUUGAGAGAGGUUCGAGUCUCCGAGGGGAGCAGAUUUGAUGGGAUUACAUGUCAGGGAUGAGGAUGUGCAGCGUUUAUCACUUUGACACUGACAGCAGGUGUUUGUGGAGAGCUGUGUGCACCAAACAAGCUGCUGCAGGAAGAGUUGAUGAAAUAUGUGAACGACGGGAUUUUAGUCGUGUUUUUUCAUGAUAUAAAGGUGGGAAAAGGUCGUUUGUUCGGGACUAUUUUAGGUCAUGGAUGAAUACAGAUCAGGCGCCGUGGCACAAAGGAAGAAGGAAAAGUUUGAUGUGAAGAGAACUGAUGAGGAGACUCACUUGUGUUCCCACAGUGUCGAGGUUCUCCAGCCCCAGACUGACGCCCCGCCUGAGCAGGAAGCGAGCUCUGUCCAUCUCGCCUCUGUCGGACGCCAGCAUCGAUCUGCAGACGAUGAUUCGCACCUCGCCGAACUCACUGGUCGCCUACAUCAACAACUCUCGCUCCAGCUCUGCGGCCAGCAGCUCCUACGGACACCUGUCGGUCGGAGGCCUCAGGUAAGUCACCAGUUUUUCAUACCUCCUUUUUUGCUUCCUUAGUUCCUAUCUCCUAAUUUUAUCUCCUCAUUCUUCUUCUCAUUAUUUCAUCCAUUUUAUUUAUUUUAAUCACAGAAACUUUGUGACUUUUUUCUUCUUCUUUUACUCCUUGCAGCCCGUCCUUCCCCUUCCCUCAUCCCAUCAACCCGAUGGCCUACCAGCAGCUCCUCUCCCAGCAGCGGGGACUCAGCGCCUUUGGCCACACCCCUCCUCUCAUCCAGGCUCCGCCCUCCUUCUCGAGCCGCCAGCCCGGGCUCGGCCUCUCCUCCCUGCCGACCUCUGCCCACAAUGACCUGUCGACAAAGGUAAAAACAAAGUCAUGAUCAGAAACUCAUCCGAACAUGUUCCUGAGUCUAAAUAAGAAAAUAAAAUCAGAAACUUUUCAUGUUUCGAACUUUCAGGGUCAAGUUUGUGUCACUGAGAGUCUUAAAAUAAUAAACACAGGUUGUUUGUUUAAAUGAUGGUAAUUCCAGUGAUUUCUUUGUAAGUUUGGUUUGAGGAAUUCACCUCUGAACAAACUCGAAUCCAAACCUGGACUUUUUUCUGCUCCUGCUUCUCCAAACAGUUUGUCCUCGAGUGUAUUUUGUUUGCGUUUCUGUGUUUUGUUUUGCGGUGUCAGAUCAGUGAUUGCAGCGUCUCCUCGGAGGUACUCUCUGUGGGGGAGACGCUUCAGAGGGAAACACAUCAUUUCUAUUCCCCCUCCUACACUGUCAUAACGUGGUUUUACUCUCCGCUUCUCUGUGACUCAGCCUGAAAUUACAAAUGUAGGUCAACAGGCAACCGGGGCAGAGAGAGGCGGAGAAAAGAUGAGGAUCUGUUCGGAUUUCACUUGUUGAUGUUCAGGAUAAAAUCAGGUUUAUUGACAACCACCGUCUGAUUUUCAUGGACGCAGAAAAGCACUUUAUUAGCAUGUCUUCUCUUUUCCUCUUCUCAGAACCCCGGUGGCGACUCAGCUGUCAGCAGCACAGUUGACCCCAUGAUCACCAAAAGGUCAAAAGUCAAGACUGAAGCAGAGGGACUGAGGCCGCUGACUCCCUGCUCCCCGGUAUGAAAAAUAAAAAACACCAUCUUUUGUUUUUUUGUUUUAAUGUUUUACUUCAUUUUAAUGGAUUUUUGAUUUUGGAGGAUGAGUGAUGGUCCAAAAAUCUGUCCGCUCUGCUGAGAGACUUCAGCGUGACACUGACGGCUCCACUCACGGCCCCGGGGACCCUCACUGACCCCCUCUGUAAAAGACAUCUCAGAUAAAGAGAAACUCCACAUGAUAAGAGCUUUGCAUCCCCUGCUACACACACACUCACACACACUCACACACUCGUACACUCGCGGCCACUGUAAACUGUGCCAGAGCACUUCAUUUUCAUGAAAUAUUGGCCGGGCUUUAUUGUCAUCUGAGGAGCCUUUUUCUCUCUUUUGACAAAUUUGCGGCUCCUCUCCGAUAGCGAGGCAGGUUUGGGUUUGAUGCAUGGGGACGGCGGUGCGCGCAGUCGUCUUGGGGCCACCAGAAUUGAUGAAGAUAGCGUGCUGCGUGGGGCACAGACAAACAUGCUGCAGUCAGCACGUUGUGAGUGUGAGUGUGUGUGUGUAUGUGUGUGUGUGUGUGUGUGUGUGUGUGUGUGUGUGUGUUUGCAUUGGGGAAGAAGCGUACAGGAGGCUGUAAGGGACAAACUGUCAGUUUCUCUUCUUCACUGUUUUGAGGGGAUGGUUUGAGUUGGAGACUCAGAGCUUGAGGACAUUUUAUAAAAGAGUGGAUAUUAUUUUUUAUUAUUACCAAGUUUGAAUGAGUUUCUUUUUAAUGUAUAUUUUUAACUAUAUUUAAUAUUUUAGAUUCAGGUUGAAAAUGAAACAUGAGAAUAAAAUGAGAUUAAAGUGUUGACAUUUUCAGAGAGGCAAGUCUUCAAAGGACGGAGUAUUAGGACCACAUUAAGAAAAAAAAACUUAAAAAAUAACUUAAAAGAAUAAAGUCUUGAUAAAAUAAUUUCUUAUGAGAAUAAAUUAAUAAAAUCAUUACUUACGUGAAUAAAGUCUUAAUAAAUUCGUUAUUUACGAGAAUAAAGUUGUAGUGUAAUCAUUAUUUACCAGAAUAAUGUCGUGAUAAAAUUUUUAUUUUUGAGAAUAAAGUCAUAAUAAAAUAACUGUUUAUGAAAAUAAAGUUGUACUAAAAUCAUUAUUGACAAGAAUAAAGUUGUAAUACAGUAAUAUUAGAGAAUAAAGUCGUAAUAAAAUUAUUAUUGACGAGACGAAGUCGUACUUAAAUCAUUACUUACGAGAAUAAAGUUGUAAUAAAUUCAUUUACGAGGAUAACGUUGUAGCUAAUGUCUAAUCUAACCUGUUGUUAGUUGUUUAAAUGAGCAUUUCAAUGAAUUGAACUUCAGUAGUUCGGUUUCACAAACAAGGAGAUACUUAAUCCUUCAACGUUUCAGCAUCACAUUGUCAGAAGUAUCAGGACAUAUGCAAGAAAUGCAUCUUUUCUGCAGAAAGAACCAGGCGGACUCGUAAAUAAUGAUUCUACUACAACUUAAUUCUUGUAAAUAAUGAUUUUAUUAUGACUUUAUUCUUGUUAGUAAUGAUUUUAAUCUCGAAGGCUCAUUUUAUUUAUAUUUUUCUUAAUAUGGCCUUAAUACCCCGUCGUACUUUUGACUGUUUAAGUGUUUAUAUUUUUAACUUUUUACUCCCUCAGUAGAAAAAGAUGACUUUCAGGGAGAGAGAAAGAAUAAUGUUUCUCAGUUUGAGAAUCAGAAAAAGUUUUCUGGAAAAGUUGGAGAGAGCCUGGCUUUAAAAGUCUGCUCUUAAACAUUGUACAAAUAGUUUUGAAAUUAUGUUUGUGUCUGUUAUUUUUUUAAACUCAUGGAGACGAGAGCUUCGCUGAAAAAUCAUUUGGGAAAGUGAGAAUAUUGUAGAGAGUAUUGUGUGUUUGUUUUGUGCCGUCAGAGUAGAAAGUUUGAAGUCUUAAAGCAGAAAUAUAAAGUCUCUGCAGAAAAGUCUGAACGUGUUGAAAAAGUCUCCUGGCUCUCCAGUCUGAUCACAAGUUCAAACAUUUUCAGGUCGCUCCAAACACACUGAGAGAUGAUUUUGUGGGAUUUGAGUGUUUGCUUCGUUACGGAUCACGCUGCCUAAUUAAAGGCGGGCUGUGCUUUAUAAACAGUCACGUGUGUGUGUUUUUGUGGUCGAGGUUGUCAAAACAAAUGUGAUUCCAGCCUCUUUAACUUCGGUGAAGCGUGGCGGACUUGUAUGUGCUUUAAUCUGUAAUUUACUGUCUCAGGUAAAACACAUGAACUAACAGCUGAUUAGGACUCUGCGCAGCUGUACUUUAGGCAGUAAACUCUUCCAUGUGUGUUUGGAGAAAAAAAAAAAACCCUCACAAAAAAAAGUAAAUGUGGGUCAGCGGAGAAAACAAAGAUUAUGAAAACAUCUGAUCUUUACGGAAUUUUUUUUUUGUUUGUUUUUAUAGAACCAUCACGUCAGCUUGUUGGACUUGAAGGACGACGUUGACCGGGACGAGUGUAAGCAGGAGCCGGAGGCCGUUUACGAGACAAACUGUCACUGGGAGGGAUGCAGCAAGGAGUACGACACGCAAGACCAGCUGGUCCAUGUGAGUGAAAACACACAGGAAAAAAAGGCCUGUCCUCACAUGAGACAUAUCCUAUAAUCUGGAGAAAUUUCACAGGAAUCAACAAAAUGAUAUGUUACUAAAAUACACUUUCAAACACCAUCUACCCUCAGAACUGCACUCCGACAUUUAACACCCGGAAAAAGGUUGUUUACAUUUCAGGAACAGGCAGCGUAAAAUCUGAGAACGAGAAUCUAAAAUUAAUGAUUGCACACAGCAUCAACAUGGGAUUAAGAUUAAAAAUUUAAUCUGUGUAACAGAUAACCUGAUAGUUUUCUGUAUCAUGUCUUCAGGUAUUUUGUUUGUAAUCUAAUCAGAGAGGUCUUCAAGAAAAAGUGGAGAAAGCUUUCUUCGAUUAAACAAUCACUCUUUAAACCGUCUUUUCCUCAGAUUCAAGGUUGAUUCAGCAGCUUUCAUCAGCUCCACUUCCAGCCCGUCUAUCAGUUACUUGGUGAAACUAUAAUAUAAUAUGCACUGACGUCUUGCAGAUGCAUGUUCUCGGUGCCUGUUGGACGAUCCCACCUCCAAACUAUCAUCAGAUUGUGUUUUCCUGAGUCCUGGUAAAAGGGUCUUAAGCAUUCCUCACUUCCAGUGAAGCAAAGAGAGAAAGGGGGGAGCAGGCUGAGGGGAUUAGUGAGUGAGGGGGUGGGGGGGCUGCUGUCCGUCAUUCAUUCUGCUUUAUUCUCUCAUAAAACCCCUCACCUUUGUGUCUGUUUACAGGCUGUAAAGCUGCUAUGUGUGGCAUUCUAGACUCGGGGGUUUCAUCAUCGUGGACAUGGCUCUGAGACUUUGAUGUGAUUCCUGUAAAACAAUGAGUCAGGGUUGUUUUUCUUUUCCAAAUUAAAAGCACAUUUCUCAUAAAGUCCAUUACUUAACUCUCUCUCUGGCUGAGGAGCUGCGCUGGCAUUCUCUUCACAUCGACAGAGUAAACAUUUACAGACUCGUUCUCUGUCACCAGAAACAUCGACAUCACUGCGCCAAUGUUUGAUUUCACUCCUGACUUUCAUUCGGGAUGCGAUGAAGAAACCGGCGCUGCUAAUUAGUGCGACUGUAACACUUUCUGUGCUGCGGACGUCCUCUGAGACGCACACUGAUAAGAUGGAUUUCUACAGAAAAACCCUACCGAGAACAACAUGAGAGCCUCUUAGUGGACAACUCUCUCCAGAAAACCGCUCAUUUCUCUGUUUCUGUGUGUGCAUGUGUGUGUGUGUGUGUGUGUGUGUGUGUGUGUGUGUGUGUGUGUGUGUGUGUGUGCGUGCGUCCCACAGCACAUCAAUAAUGACCACAUCCACGGAGAGAAGAAGGAGUUUGUGUGCCGCUGGGAGGAGUGUUCGCGGGAGCAGAAGCCCUUCAAAGCUCAGUAUAUGCUGGUGGUUCACAUGCGCCGACACACGGGGGAGAAACCACACAAGUGCACGGUGGGUAACGGAUGGCCCCGGCGCCCCCGCAGGCCCCCCGAGGGCGGCAGCUCGCGCUCUCUAAACACCGACAACCACACACAUUUCUGCGCACACAGACACACGGCAGGAUUGAGGAAUUUUUCUUCCUUUGUAAGAAAGAUUCAUCUCACUGCAGCGAAGAAAAAUUCAGAAAUCUUGAAAAAAGACCCUAACCCUCAAAAUAACAAACAUGAUCAGUGUAAUUUAACUGGUUUCUUAAUGAAAGAGAAUCUGUUUCUAAUAGCUGCUGGAAAAUAAAUGAUGUUCUGCCAAAUGUCGCAGCAUUUUAACGUCUUUUUUUUUUUCCUCUUUCUCCGCAGUUCGAGGGCUGCUCGAAGGCCUACUCCCGGCUGGAGAAUUUAAAAACACACCUGCGCUCGCACACGGGAGAGAAACCGUACGUCUGUGAGCAUGAAGGAUGUAACAAAGCCUUCUCAAACGCUUCGGACAGAGCCAAACACCAGAACCGGACUCACUCCAACGAGGUACACACUCGACAGGACAGAAACCUACACGCAGAUUAAGAUAAAAACAGCGACAGAAGCCCACCCUUCGUUUUGACUAAGUGAACUUUUCAAGUCCAGCACAGAGGGAAAGUUCCUGUCCUGUUUCCAGGCUCUAAACAGAUGUAAAUGACUGUUUGUUUCUUCAGUGCCUCUGUGUAUGUCUGCAGACAUUUGUGAGUAAAUAACUAGGUGUAGACAUAAUGAGCACGACAGCCCACAAUGCAUUAGGAUGAAUAAGCCCCCCCCCCCCCCCGACCUCUUUCCCUCCCACCCCGGCUGAGUGGGACCACCUGCAGAUGGUGAAUAGAAAAUGAAACCUGGCAGCAUUUCAGAAAAUCACUGCUUUUGCUUCAGGGGCGGAAAACACAGUUAAUGUAACAAAAUACGCACAAAAAUCAAACAAACUCUUUCUCAGAAUCAGGGGUUUUCCUUUUUCCUCUCAUCUGAAAAUGUCUUUCUUCCGAUAGAAACCCUACGUCUGCAAAAUCCCCGGUUGCACAAAGCGCUACACGGAUCCCAGCUCGCUGAGGAAGCACGUAAAGACGGUUCACGGCCCCGAGGCGCACGUCACCAAAAAACAACGCAACGAUUUGCUGCCGAGGCCGCCGGCGCCCAGGGAGAACGGCGAGAACGAGGCGGGGAACCGAGACAAAAUCCAGAAGGAGGACAAGAUAUCGGACAACAGCUCCCCCAGAGGUGUGGACGAAUACCUGCACGUCAAAUCCAUCAAGACGGAAAACUCGAUGGUAAGAUCGGUUGUUGUUUUUGUCAAAUCUGCAAACUAACAAACGCACACCAAACGUUCUUUAUCCAAACUUCUCUCUGCGUCCUGCCUGAUUGUUUUGUUCUCUCCUGUUUCUGACUUUCUGACCUUUUGGACAGACCUUACUGAGGUGAGCUGACCUGUAGCUUUUAAUCGAUCUUACUCCAUCGUUCACCAUCUUUCGCCAUUUCAUGACAAUAACUAAACAGCUCUAAUCUAAUGCGAUAAUGAAGAGAAAAGAGGAAAAUGGACGGUAUAUCAAUGCAGCAAAAAUCCCAGGAUAAAUUAGCUUAAUAUUUAGAUAUGGUGUAAGAUUCUGAAAUCCAACGACUCAUUUCAUCGGCAUCUGCAGGGGGAUCCUGUUUUUCUGUAACACACUCAUCCUGCAUGUGAUCUGUGAUACUGUGUGUGCAUCACUUCACCUUUACAGAGGCAGUGGAGACCGAUCACACACGUCAGAGAGCCUGAUCGUGAUAAAAGCCACUGCUGGAUUAAUAUUCAGACCCUGGGAAUUGAGUUGAGCGCUCAGUGCAAACAGAGCCAACCAUCAAGCUGUGAUCAAGACAGCUUUUUUUGGUGGUGAAUAAAUUAGUGUCUGAGAGGAUAGUGAGGCUAGUCAGGGACAAUUCAGAAAAAUAUAUGUUAAAGGGGGAAUUAUACUGAACCCUACACAACAUGUUGACUGAAGACUGAAGAAGAAGAAUAACCUUUGCACUUGCUUCGGGUAGAUGAUAAAACCAGCCGUGAACAGAGACUCUGGCGUCUCACUGAUAAAUGUCUGUUUCUAACUCACCUAAAUGUUCAGAAGCUCCACCAUCAGAGUUCAGUUUUGAGGGAAAAAGAAACAUCUUGUGAUUGUUGGCCUGGCUCAGACUCAAGCUGCCUUUCAUCCUGCCCAUUUUUAAUUCACAGACAGACUAAGACAGUCUGUAAUCUGUGGUGCACCCCCACCUCUUCACCCCAUCCCCAAAAAACACUCAUUAUUUACAAUUAAGCUGGGGGAGGAUUAAAGAUUCAGUGGUUCACUGUUCUUUGUGCCAUGUUAACCGCUGUUCUACUUUUGUUCUGCAAAGAGAAACAGUUUUUUUUGUGUUUGUCCUGCUUUUCCUGCUACUCACUCACUUCCCUCCUACUUUUGCCAUCCAUCUAUUCUUCCUGUAGAUGUAUCAGUCCAGCCCUGGCGGUCAGUCAUCAUGUAGCAGCGAACCAUCACCACUUGGCAGCGCCACCAACAAUGACAGUGGAGUAGAAAUGGCGGCACACAGCGGGGGGAGCCUGGGGGACCUCAGCACCUUGGACGACCUGCCUUUCAUCGAGUCCUUGGGCUGUGACCAUUCCUCUGGCGGGAUGGAGGUGCUGGGUCUCCACUUUCGAAAGCAGUUUGGCACCAGCCAGCGCCUGGAGCAUCUGAAGAAGGAGAAGCUGAAGACAGUGAGGGACUCGUGUCGAUGGGCCAGCAACCCGACACCCCCAGCGCUCUGCACCAAGCUCCCACCCAUUCCAGCAAGCGGUGAGCCGAGGGGAAAGAUGACUUUUUCUUUUAUAAUCCUGUUCAGUCUGGGUCGUUUUUUGCUCAGAGUUUAAUCUUGUUGUCUCUCUAUCCACAGGGUCCCUCCUGGAGAAUCAAAGUAAGGGUGGCUGCCCAGGGUCCUUCCCUGGUCCCGGCUUGGGUGAUCUGAGUUCUACUAAAAUGACCCUUUUGGGAAACCUUUCGGAGCGCAGAGACAGUACCUCGAGCACCCUGAGUUCAGUUUAUACUCUUAGCCGUCGCUCCUCAGGCAUCUCCCCUUGCUACUCUAGUCGGCGCUCAAGCCAGGCCUCACAGUUUGGUGCCAACCGUCCCAGCAACGUGAGCUCAGCUGACUCCUACGACCCCAUCUCCGCAGACAUGUCACGGCGCUCCAGUCAGGCCAGCCAGUGUGGAGGAUCCAGUGGAGGGGGAGCGGGAGGUUGCAGAGGAGGAAGCAUACCCAGUCCCCUCAGCCUUACCCCAGCCCAGCACUAUCGCCUCAAGGCCAAAUACGCAGCCGCCAUUGGAGGCGCACCUCCCACACCUCUUCCACACAUGGACCAAAUGUGUCAGAAGACCCACACAGCCUUGUACGGGGACUCCCAGGAAUCCUCUGCAGCCAAUCAGUGUUUGACUAUGAGGCAUUACAGCAACUACAACACACGGAGCUUGAUGCCCCAUGAGGCUCCACCCACCGUCCCCCGCCGAGCCAGCGACCCCGUGAGACGAGUAGCUACUGAUUCUCUCAGCCAGACUCAUCUACAACGCUACAACAGUAUGGGCACGCUGAGUGGAGGAGCAACCAUGCAGCCUCAUAUGAGUCCCCAUCGCCACAUUUACAGCCGACGACCCCCCAGCAUUUCAGAGAACAUCCCAAUGGAAAUGAUAACAGGUGACAUCCCUGAGGAAGACCUGAUGCAGCCAAACCUCUCCACCAACAACAGAGGCACCAACAACACAUGGUCAACCAAUCAGAGAGAUCUCCAAGGAAACCCUGAUCUCCAUCAGCAGUUAUAUUAUCAGAGAAGGAUGGCCAUAGUGAACUCCCACAUGAAUCCAUCCGAUCAGGUUUUGAGUCCAGGACAGCAGCGACAGAUGUUUCCAUCUUCACCAGUAGACAGUAAGUCCAAAGCUCUAAGUCAGUGCAACAAAACAUCUUUGGGGUCCAUGGAUGCAAACCAUCAGUAUUUACAAGCGCAGGUUAGAGGAAAUCUUGCUGUCCUUCAGCAAAACCAGAACUUUGGAUCUUUACACCCCGAUCUCAGCUCCAACCAGCAGAUAAUGCAGAGAUGCAAACAACCAAGUGCUGAGCUAGGAUCAAACUUCUUUCAUCAGCAGAGUUUCCAGCAGCUGUCAAAUCUCAAUGAGGUUAACAGCUGUCAGUACAGGUUCAACCAAGACAUGGGUCUCUAUGACAAGAAUGGAAACACCACUUAUCAAGGCUGUAAUAACACAGCAGCGGUCACUGCAAACACGCAAAGCCCCACAUGCAAACAGGAGCCGGUUGACAUGGACACUGUUGACAUGCACUACCCUGAAUUUCAGCCCGUGCAAGUUAAAACUGAAAUACUUGAUAGAUCCGUCAUGAUUUCAGAUCAGCAAAACUGCACCUUGGCCUCCCAGAGUUCCUUGCAAACUGGUAAUCAGAGCCAUUUUCAGCCGAGGCCACCAGCAGAACCAAAACCUCCGAACAGGCACCACCCAGGGCCAAAGGUGAUGCAGCAUACGAGGAACGCAAGUAACGCAAAUCUUGAUGUUUCUUCGAAAUUAUCCACGAGGAGAGUUUUAGGACUUCAUUGCAGCGACAACCCUGAUGACAAUGCCAUGCACUACACAGGGCAGAUCCAAGUGUUUGAGUCCAAUGGGAACUUGGACCAGCAUGUAUCUCCUGCCUUUGAAAACAAUGCCAUGUCUUCCAGUUCAGGCAACAACCAGGUGUCCAGGACAGUAGACUGUAGCGCCGCCCUGGAGCAGGCACAGAUAGACUUUGAUAGCAUACUGGAUGAUGGGGAUCACUCCAGCCUUAUGUCUGGAACUCUGAGUCCAGGUCUGCUCCAGACCUUGUCCCGGAGUUCCUCCCGCCUGACGACGCCCAGGAACUCGGUCACAUUGCCGUCUGUGCCAGCGGGGACGGGGAACAUGGCUAUCGGGGACAUGAGCUCACUGCUAACUGCGUUAUCAGAAGAGAGCAAGUUCCUCAACCUGAUGUCUUAGCCUCACGUGUUUCAUUUUGAACUCCAAUAAAAUCUUAACCAACUUAAGAUGAAUGUGACAGAAUGCCGAGAAACCUCUGUAAUGUGUGACUCUGGUUAGUCUAUGUACAGUUGUCUAUGUGAUCUAUUUAAAAUGGCAGUUUUCUACAUCUUUGAAAAGCCAUACUUUUGUUGUUUUGCCUUAGUAAGAAACAACAGAAUCGUUUCGGUUGUUGGAUAAGUCUGCUGUGAGAAAAGUUGACUAAGUGCCUGGCCCAGCCAAAUAGAUGCUCGCUGUGCAUAUGAUCACAUUAAAAAGGUGAAAAUGCAACCAGGUUAUGAUCCUGUACCUACAUGUUAGGAAUGUGUCAUCAGUGUCAAAUGACUUGAGCUGAUUUGUAUUCUCCAUUGAGCUGCUCAUUUCUGCUCCCGAAGAAAACUGAUCAUUAACUUUUACCUUCUUCCUCAUCAUCAUAGUUUACAGUCCACGCCCUCUGUGAGCCAUGAUUUGACUGCUGCACUGCUGCUGAGAUUAACUGUGACAUCUCAGUGUCAGGCAUCAGAGACUCCAUCAGAGACUGAAUUAUGAACUCAUGCGUUGAAAAAAUCGCUCUCAUGGCCCUGCAGCCGGAAGAGCAGAAGACAUCGGAGAGAUUCAGACUAUUUCUUUUGUACAUCGAUGCACCGGUUUGAUG